CUACGCUACAGAAAGGAGUGACUUCAAGCCUGAUGAGUCACCGGAGAGAAGACACCCUGGCCAGGUCUGUUUAGUAAAUCUUGAGUAAUGGUUGCCAACCAUAAAAAAAACAUAGUUACAGAUGUGGUAACAAUGCAAAGGGGAUACAUCCAGUAUAAACAAACAGGCCAACAGCUGCCUGGGUACAUUGGGUGGCGAUGUCCUCGUGAGUCACUAAGCUGACGCCACCCUCCUUGGCCACAAUGCCAGGAACGUCGCCUGUUCAAGGAAAGAAGUACAAGGGGACGGAGUGCACUUUGACUCCUUGGAAUGCCAAGCUGUCCAACGCUGCAGGGUGUGUCCAUUGUGGCAUUCUCCUGAAGGCACUCCCACAGGCAGAGGACUGGUUUCUGUGGCCUGGAUGUCUCCACGUGGAGUGCCUACUCCGUGCCACCUGCAGCACAAUGCUAAUUCCUUGCUGCAUCAAGGUUAGGGGGCUUGAGUAAGGUGCCCCCAGCGAUUCCACUGUCCACUCUGAGCGGGCUCACUUCACCUUCUCACAGUUUCCCUGCCCUCUCCCACUGGGCCCAGGAUGCAGAACUGCCCAGAGGGACAGCAUAAGGCAAGAGGAGUGGGGCGCUUCACCUCUUCACUCUUGUCACUGCUUGCAGGCUCAGAGAGGGCAAGCAAACAGGCCGUGAGAGUGAGGAGGGGAGCCAGGAGUCUCCAGGGGUUAGCAGUUGGGAUCUUGGAGGUGUGCACCAGGGAAGGCAAUGCUGUCCUUGCUGCCAGUCUACUGCACCAGGGGUGUGGGGUCAGAGCAGGGGUCAGCAAACUUUUUCAGCAGGGGGGCAGUCCACUGUCCUUCAGACCUUGUUGGUGCCAGACUAUAUUUUGAAAACCCUAACGAAUUCCUAUGCCCCACAAAUAACCCAGAGAUGCAUUUUAAAUAAAAGGACACAUUCUACUCAUGUAAAAACAUGCUGAUUCCUGGACCAGCUGUGGGCCGGAUUUAGAAGGCGAUUGGGCCAGAUCCAGCCCCCAGGCUUUAGUUUGCCUACCCAUGGGUCAGAGGGUAGUCCCCCAGGCCUCUAGAUCUGGUCUUUGGGACUCUCCCAACAUUGCAGUCCUCACAGGCACACUCCUUUCUUGCAGGCCACGCCCCUCACCUGUCCUGUUUCGAAACACUCUUGAGUGUUUUGGCUUGGCUGGAAAGGUGUCCUUGAACUCUGAGAAAGACCCUUGCUUGUCAGGAUGCAGGACAGAGACAGAUGCAUGAGAGAGCAUAGAAAUUAGCCCACGGGACAAAACGCAUGCUGGACAAGAUUUCUGCAUCUCUUUAUUAUGUCUUGUUUUUAAAGCUAUCCUAGUUUUUUGGUACUGUUUCAUUUUAAAAAAAAUGUAUUUAUGAUAUGUUUGCAAAUCGUCGUGAGAUGCAUGCGAAAGGCGAGUCGUCAAUUACUUAAAUAAAUAAAUAAUGACACAAACUUGCAUCUCUUGCCCCUCCCAUCUUUGCCUCUGGCAUGCAGAUCUCUCAGAAGCUGGCCCAGAAGGAAAUGUUCCCCACCCCCCAAAUCUGAUACAUGGUAUUUUACGCUAUACUAUGCACUGAAUGUGCCUCAGUAGAAAUACUUGUUUUUUUCUGGAAGCAUUUCUUCUGCUUCUUGUUCUGGCCCACUGUUCUGGUCCACCAGAAGUCCCUUUUAUGAUGCUGGAACACGUGUUGAGAUUGGGGUGUGCGCAUGUGCAGAGAAAUUAUUGAUGUACAGUAGCUUUAGCCCUUCUCAGAAGAACAUCCAUAAAUUCUUCCCUGGUGUUCCUUUGCUGUGAGUGAGAAUUAUCGCGGCUGCCUUGGGUUGCUGUGCAGUUGUGAACGGGAGGAGAAGGAGGCUGGUGAGGAUGAACGAGCAGACGAACUUGACCAGGAAACUGUUUGUCAAGAUACAAUCCACACUUUGAAAGGGAGAAUAUGACAUUUUGUAGGACAAAGGUAAGGAGACAAGCCUUAAAUCUCAGAGUUUCUCUCUUAAAGGGGAAGAAUGUGCAAGUUUGAUUAAGUGGAAACUAAAAACAACAAAGGCUAACAAAUUUAUUGGCGCAUAAACUUUCUUUGGCUGCAGUCCACUGGUGGAUUCACGAAGCAUUAUAUUGAGUUGCAGGUAUAUAUAGGCAUGGUUGGAGGGGGUGGCUGUUGGGAUACUUGGUUCUUUGCUUGCAACUCUCUGAGUUCAGCAAAGCCAAACAGGAUCUAUUGUCUUGAUACACUUGUAUAGGACAUUUCACAGAAACUCUGAUGUCCUUAAACAGUUGCAUCAACCAUUCACAAUCCAUGAGUGAAAAUGACAGAGCAUUGAGUUCUGCUUCACAGGAACUUAGGCUUACUGUUGUCUGCUUCUUGCACAGCCAGUCAAACAGACAGUGGUUGUACAUGUAGCAUACUCCAGAAGUGCUUGUACCAUCCGUGGUGUCACUUCCAAAACUAGCAUCUGCAAAGAUUUCAAGACCUCCAGUCUUCUGACUGGUGAACCUCAGCCUGUAGUGCAAAGUCCCUUUCAAAUAGCGGGCUAUGCGCUUCAGAGCCUUCCAAUCCUGAACAGUAGGAUUGUUAGCAUGUCUGCUAAGCAGGUUAGUGCUGACAGCUAUGUCAGGCCUUGAGCAUCUAGCAAUGAAAUUCAACUUGCCUAGAAUGCAUCUGUACAGCAUAGUGUCAGAAAACGCUUCAGCAGUACUAUCUACCUGGUAACCUGUCACCAUCGGUGUGUCUGCUGGGUUUGCAUCAACCAAAUUCAACCUGGUUAAUACAUCAGCAAUUUUCUGUGUUUGGUGUACCAGAAAAUUACCUGCUUGGUCCCUCUCCACCUGCAGAGAAAGAUAGUUGGACACCUCACCAAGAUCCUUCAUGUCAAAGUGCUCCUUCAGCUGAGCUAGGGUGCUUUGGUACAAAGCCUGAUUCUUCCAAAACAUCAGAAGAUCAUCAACAAAACAUAAAUAAUACAGUUUGUUUUGCCCCUCCUCCUUGACAAACACACAUGGAUCAGCUUUGCCCUGGUGAAAACCUAGAGAAAGCAAUGUCUCAGUGAGUUUUGUGUUCCAACACCUGGCAUUCUGCUUGAGACCAUAUAAGGAUUUCCGAAGUUUACAGACCAUUCCCUUCUGUAUCUGCAUUCCAUCAGGUGGAAGCAUAUACAGCUCCUCCCCCAAAACCCCGUACAAAAAAAGCUGUAUUAAUGUCAUGAUGGGAAACAUGCAGUUUCUCCUCUGCAGCAAUUUUGAGCAUUAGCCGAAUGCUCUCAUACUUGACGGUGGAUGAGUAGGUCUCGUGGUAAUCCUGUCCUGGUACCUGUGAAAAACCUCUGGCAACCAAUCUGGCUUUGUGUCUGACUACCUUGCCAUUCUGGUCUGUCUUGGCCUUGAAGACCCAUUUGCUGCCAACCAGUCUCAUUCCUGGGACUACCGGUACCAGCUCCCAAGUUUGGUUCCUAUUCAAGGAAUCAACUUCAGCCUUCAUGGCAUUAAGCCAAGGCUCAGCAUCUUUAGAGGUUAACUCCUGAACCUCUUUGAAGCUUGAAGGUUCCCACACCUUCUCUGAGCUACUAAGAACAGCAGUUGCUGUCUUAGCAAACUCAUCAGCAAAUCUCUUUGGAGGUUUGCCUUUUGUCGCCCUUUCAGAUCUGUGUACUAGAUGCAAGUCUUCUUCAGUCAUCUCCUCCUUCUUAGGAGAAAAGUGACCAAUGGUGAACAGUGGUUCUUCCAGUUCAUUGUCAGACGCAUCAGAUGGUCUGACUGAGGCCUUUGUGCUCUUGUAGUCUGCUGAGUCAUCACUGUCACUGACACCAGCAGCAGCGCCGCCCACUGAGCUGGAAUCCGAACUCUGAUCAUCAUCAUCAUCCUCAGCUUCCUCUUUUACCUCAACAUUAUCUGCUUUUUUCACAUCAUCUUCAUCUUCCUCUGGGUAACUCUGGAAAAUUCCCACAUUUCCCCCCCACUUAGGAUUGUACUCAACACUCUUUGUGAACUUAAUGGACUUAGAGUCAGUCAUCCAUACCCUGUAUGCACCUUUUUCGUACCCCAUGAACAAACCAUGUGCCCCACGCUUUCCAAGCUUGUUGCUCUGUGGGGUGUGUACCCACAUGUCAGAACCAAAGAUUCUCAUGUGCUUGACGUAAGGUUUCUUACCAAACAUCUUCUCAUAGGGAGUACAACCAAUAGGUGAUGACAGUCUCCUGUUAUAGGAAUAAGCGAACAUGUUCAGAGACUCCCCCCAAAACUUCUCAGGGAGAUUGGCAUCAUGCAACAAGGUUUUUAGGCCUUGAAGCAAAGUCUGGUUUGCUCGCUCAGCAAGUCCAUUCAUCCAUGGCGAUCUAGGCGUUGAGAGGUCAUGCUGGAUUCCCUUCUCAGUCAGGAAAGCUUCAAACUGCUGAGAAGUGAACUCCCUGCCCCGAUCAGUAAAGAGACAGCCAAUACGUUUACUGUGAACAUUCUCCAACCAAGCACAGAAUGCCUUGAACCUAGGAAUCGCUUGCGAUUUCUGCUCGAGCAUAAACACAUGAAUGUACCUGGGAAAAGAAUCAAUUAGAACCAUGAAGUACCUUGCUCCACCCAAAGAGGGCGCAAGUGGACCAACCAGGUCUGCGUGGACUAGCUGGUAGGGUUUGGAAGCCUGCCUGCUAGACUCCUUGCCUUUUGGAGCAACCUUCACCUUGUUCUCUGCACAAGAUACACAUUUCAUGUGAAACUUACAGGGCUUGAUGUUCAAACCCUGAACCAAUUCAGGCAUCUUGGCCAGCGCCUGCCAAGACAUGUGACCAAAUCUUCUGUGCGCCUCGUGAAUGCAUCCUGCAUGAAGAACUUUGUUAGUUUGUGCAACACAACAAGAAUCAACAUUAGACACAGCAACAGCAUUGUCAUCAUAAGUUAUACAGAAUAAACCAUCUAUAAACUUUGCAUGCAAAAUGUCCUCUUUGCCUUUCCUGAUGACACAGACGCUCCUCUUGAAGGAAAUCUCAAAGCCACGCCCAGUCAGCUGUGGGACACUGAGCAAAUUGUCUGCAGAAUCUGGAACAUAAAGUACAUCUCUGAUGGUAGUGUGCAGACUUGCCAGUCUCACAGUCCCCUCUCCUGAGAUUCACAACGUCUUUCCAUCAGCCUGGUGGAUCUCUCCAUCUUGAGGCGUGAAGGAGAUAAACAGACGAUUGUUGUUGGCAAUGUGCCUUGAUGUGCCAGAAUCCACAACAAAUCUGGCUUUGGCCUUUGGAGCAGCUUUUCCAGCAAGCAAAACCUUGUCUUCCACCAGCUUGGGCUGCUGCUUGCCCCCCUGCUCCUGGCCAUCAAACUUGCCUGUAGCCUUUGGUGAAGCAUUGCCAGCAAACAAAGCCUUGUUUUUCCCUGGCUUGGGCUUUUCACCCCCCUUCUGCUUCGGGCCACCUGCAGGCUUCUUCCUCUGUUUAAUUCUGGCCUUCCGGUAUCUGUGAGGAUGACCUUGGCUCUCAUGAGAAACAGAGCUCUCAGCUGCCGACUCCUUGGCUCCCCCUGGAGUCUGGAAUGCUGCCUGGGAUGACAUCAUAGUCAGCUCCCCCUGCAGCUUGCAACCGGUGCCCUCGGCAUCCCUGCAUUCACUCGCAUUAUGGGAAACAGCCAGGACCUCCGACGCAGUCAAACUCUGGGCUGGGAUGACCGGCAGAUGGGCUACUUUCAAAGCAUUCCACAUCUGACGUUCUGUGGUGUUGCCAGCCAGUGUUGUUAUUUCCUCCAGAGAGACGGACAAGAUUAUUACGUCUAUGGCCUUUGAAUCUUGGGCCCUCCAUCUAUCUGUCAGAGGAACUGGAGGGGCUUCACACACAGUAUGCCACAUUCCAAACUGACGAAGCAAGCUCUCACACCACACUGCCCAGGUCUCAUAAUUGUGCCGAUUUAACUUUGGGCACUGAGGAGCAUCUGAGGCCUGUAAAAACUCCAUCCCAGGUUUUUACUUGAGCCGUGAGCCUUUAUGCCUUCAAAAACACCUUAUCUUGGCAGCCCAUAAAUCACGAAGCCUCUUUGGCUCAGCUCCCAGGCUAAUUAGCCAGCCGGACAUCAAAGUCUCUGCUCUGCUGCAGCAACAGAAAAGCCUUACUUUUCUCCACAUACCUCUGCAGUCUGUCGCAGUCUUACUCUCCUGUAAGUGCCGUGAAUCUGGGCCCAUAACCUGUUGUUGGGAUACUGCCAGGGAGACAAAGGCCAUCAUGCCCCCACGCCAUUUCUGGACGAUCCAUCAACCUCCCGUAGAUACAGUAUCAGUCAAUUAGCGACACAAGCCUCGGAGAUAGCUUGCCACAUUCCAGGGCUUGUGCACGCUCUUUCAGCAGAGUUCGCACAGCAAAAGAUGCACUCAGGAGAGCAUUAUUUACAACUUUAUUCAGCGUUGGUCAGAACAAAGAAAAAACAUGACUGCCUGUAUGCGAUGUUCAGGCACAGAGAGAAAACGAAAGCAUAUACAAAAGAGAAACUUCCUGUGAACAGGAAAUACGCAGGCUGUGACACAACAACCUGCUCCCUUCUUAAGGUGGAACGGAAAUAUCCUAAAAGUGGCUACUAUAAAUAAUGAGAUCAGAAAGAAAUUACGGGUGAAAAAGGACAGGCAGCUGCUCUUGAUAACAAAGACAUCCAGGUAUUGAUAACAACAACCACAUCCUUUAUCCCAAAUUCAAAUCAUAGAACUUGAGGGUCACCUAGUCGAACUCCCUGCAAUGCAGGAAUCCUGUCCUGGGUGGGCAUGAACCACCAACCUUCUGGUAAAGAGCAAAACACGCUGGUCCAUUGCACCACCUGAGAGCACUGAACCUCAUGGUGAAUUGUAAUUCAGUUCCUUCACAUUGACCCUGGAAAAGCUCCUGGGUCUGGUUUAUUCCUUGGAUGGGGUGCAGGUGCAAUCCUGCACAAAGUAUUACAUUGGCUUCUCCUGAAACCCAGUUUCAUAAGGGCAGCUUUACAGAGCCAUCCGCCCAGCCACCCCUUAGAUACCAAGUAAAUACAUUCAGGCCAUGUGAAUGCCGGACUGGUGAUGGCUGUCCUCGUUUGACCCUGAGAUACAGGAUGCAGGGAACAGCAGCACUGCGAGACGAAUGUGAUCUAGUCUGUGAGUUAUUCUGGCAGGAUAAGCCCCAGAAAGGUCAGCAUGUCAGUUGGAAGUACAAACUGUGUCCAACAGAUAAGUGAUCUACUAGCCGUACAAGAUACAGUUUGUUAUGGUGUUUUAUACUGGACUGAGGACACUUCAUGGAACUGAUGACACCUCUGCUAGUCAUCACUAGGUCACUUAGCAUGGAGAAGGCUAAGUCCACACUGUUCCACUUCCCAGCUCCAGUUGCUUCCUUCCAGCAGCUUUUCCCUCGGCCAAUCCUGUGCUUCUGUCAUGAACAUAGCAAGGCCAUAAUUCAUGCAUUCCUAGCAGAAUUCAUGCACAUGUUUUCCUAGCAGAAGGCCAUGGGGUCAAUCCCCAGCAUCUCCUGCUAGGGCUGGGAGUAGGGAUGGAAUAAUCUCUAAAUUUUUGGUUCUCUCCAAUUCCCCUCAUCUUUCCAGGCUUGAAAUCAUCUCUCCAGUUUGCAGUUUAGUGCAAAUUUUUCCUAAUAAAUAUGUUUGUAUGCUGCUUCAACAACUACGCCCAUAAGCACAAGCCAUUUUUGUAUGUUAUUUUCACUAAUACGUGUAAUUAUAUGCAGGCUUUAUCCUAAUAUGUAUCCAUUUUUCUACACGUUGAUUGGCUGGAGAACUGCCUUGCAAAAUCGGGGAAAGUGCACAUUUUGAAGGUUGCUUGUGUUUCAGUUCACAUAUUGUUGUGGAAAGUGUGAAUUUGGUAAGUUUACCUUUGUAUGCUAAAUGAAUUGAAUUGCUCCCUCAUCCCUUGCUGCCUUUCAGUGUGUAGAAAAAACUGACUCAGGGUCACUGAGCCAGGUGAACCAAUGGUGCUACUCACAGGAAAUUCCCCUGUUCUGUGACUUAGAAAUCUAAUGUCCUUAGAAAGGAGAUCAGUUGAAGAGGCCCCUCAACUGUCCUCAGGUCCAGUAUUGGACCACUUCAACCGGAUAUCCCCAGCCGAUGUGGACAGACUCCUCCGAGCUGGAAAGCCCACCACCUGUCCUCUUGACCCGUGCCCGUCUUGGCUGAUUAGAGCGUGUCCAGACGAGGUGCGGGCCCUCCUGGGGGAUAUCAUCAAUUUGUCCCUUGGCACGGGGACAUUCCCAGGGGAACUGAAGGAGGCAGUGGUGCGCCCGCUCUUAAAGAAAACAUCAUUAGAUCCUUUAGAUCUAUCCAAUUACCGCCCGGUUUCGAAUCUUCCGUUCCUGGGUAAGGUGAUUGAGAGAGCGGUUGCUGAACAGCUUGGUGGGUUCCUGGAUGAAACAUCGGCUCUGGAUCCAUUCCAGUCCGGCUUCCGCGCUGGUCAUUGGACCGAGACGGCUCUGGUUGCCCUAACAGAUGAUCUUCGUAGACAGCUGGAUCGAGGUGGGUCGGGGCUGCUGAUUCUUCUAGAUCUGUCAGCAGCUUUCGACAUGGUCGAUCACGAACUUCUGGACCACCGCCUUGCCGACGUGGGGAUCCAGGGCACAGUCCUUCAAUGGCUGCGCUCGUUUCUCUGUGGUUGGGGACAGAGGGUGGCGCUUGGGGGGGAAUUGUCAUCGUGCCACUCCUUGGUGUGUGGAGUACCUCAGGGUGCGAUACUCUCCCCGAUGCUUUUCAACAUCUUUAUGCGCCCCCUUGCCCAGCUUGUCCAGAGUUUUGGGCUGGGUUGCCAUCAGUAUGCUGAUGACACCCAACUCUAUCUGUUGAUGGAUGGCCAUCCUGACUCGGCCACAGACACACUGACCAGAUGUUUGGAAGCUGUGGCUGGAUGGUUACGUGGGAGCCGGUUGAAGCUAAAUCCUUCGAAGACAGAGGUCCUGUGGCUGGGACGGGACGAUAUGGGAUUGGGGGGGCAACUCCCAUCUCUAGCGGGGGCGCAAUUAGUGCCAGCACCAUCCGUUAAGAGUUUGGGUGUAAUCUUCGACACCUCCCUUUCCAUGGAGGCGCAGAUUGCAGCUACAACAAAGGCGGCAUUUUUCCAUCUCCGCCAAGCUAAGCAGUUGGCUCCUUACCUCUCUCGCCCUGACCUAGCCACUGUGAUCCACGCGACGGUCACCUCCAGAGUGGAUUAUUGUAACUCGCUCUACGUGGGGCUGCCCUUGAGACUGACCCAGAAACUCCAGCGGGUGCAGAAUGCUGCAGCGAGACUCCUUACGGGGUCUUCGCUGCGAGAUCACAUUCACCCGGUGCUAUACCAGCUGCACUGGCUCCCGGUGGAGUACAGGAUCAGGUUUAAGGUGCUGGUUUUAACCUUUAAAGCCCUAUAUGGCCUAGGACCCUCGUACCUACGGGACCGCCUCUCCUGGUAUGCCCCACAGAGAAACUUACGGUCUUCAAAUAAAAACAUCUUGAAGGUCCCAGGCCACAGAGAAGUUAGGCUGGCCUCAACUAGAGCCAGGGCUUUUUCGGCCGUGGCUCUGAUCUGGUGGAACACUCUGUCACAAGAGACCAGGGCCCUGCGGGACUUGACAUCUUUCCGCAGGGCCUGCAAGACAGAGCUGUUCCACCAGGCCUUUGGCCAGGGCACAGCCUGACUCCCUCCCUCGGCAAUCUUCGCGGAGCUCUGGCCCAAUGGUUGCCAGUGGCUUGAAUUAAUUAAUUUUAUAAUGAAUGAUUUUAGAGUGUUGUUUGUGCUGUACUUUUGUACUGUUUUAUUGUUGUUAGCCGCCCUGAGCCCGGCUUCGGCUGGGGAGGGCGGGAUAUAAAUAAAAUUUAUUAUUUUUCAUUAUUAUUAUUUACAUGGCACUAAAACUGGCCCACAAACUAUCCAUGUGAUGCUAAACUGCUUUUCAUCUCAGAACCAAGGGACCCUGUGGAGAGCGAAAAAAUGCUAAACAUCCCAGAUUUCAAAACUGGAAUUCUCUUUUUCCUGUGACCUCAAUAAAAGCUCCUAUAUCUAGCUCCAAAGGGUCAUGCAUGACAAAUUCAAUUCAUCGCAAUGUUCUGAAGGGCAUCACAUGUUUUGCAAAACACUGUAUCACAUGGGUAUCUCCAGACCUUGUGCAUAGUUCAUGCACAGUAAUAAACAGUGUUUUUUAAAACACCCAGUAAUGUGCCUUCUUCCACAAAACCUUUCACAUCUCACACUUCCCAGGCUUCUGGUAAACUAUGGCUGACAGUUUGAACAAUUCAGAAGAAAUUUACUCACUUAUGUGGAAUUACACUUUCUGUCAUCACCUUGCCAAAACAAGGCUGGGAGGGCGUGUUUUCCGUCAGAAAAGCAAAAGGAGGACAGUUGAGUCUUCCUUUGCCUCCAAUUUCCCCCUUCUAACUCCCUCCCUGCAGCUUUUCUCCAACCCUACACUCGUACCUCGGGUUAAGAACUUAAUUCAUUCUGUAGGUCCGUUCUUAACCUGAAACUGUUCUUAACCUGAGGUACCACUUUAGCUAAUGGGGCCUCCUGUGCUGCUGCCGCGUGAUUUCAAUUCUCAUCCUGAAGCAAAGUUCUUAACCUGAGGUACUAUUUCUGGGUUAGCGGAGUCUGUAACCUGAAGCAUCUGUAACCUGAGGUACCACUGUAUUUUGCACACCUGUGCUUAUAGGAACAUAGGAAACUGCUUUCUGCCAAAUCCAACCAUUGCUCCACCUAGCCCUGUCUUGCCUGCAAUGAAAGUCGUUUUUGAAUAAUCCUUUGACAUUUUAGUGUGAAUUUCUCCCAAUAGACACAUUUUGCAUUCAAUUUUGCACAUGUUUGCAAAACCAUUUCCCCUAACAUCAUGCCAUUCCCCCCCCCCCCAUUUCCCAUUUAUAGGCAUUUUAGCCCAGUAGAUGCAUUUUUGCACACAUUAUUUUGCUGGACCUUUUCUUCUUCUUCCAAAAUUCAAAGAAGUGUGAAUUUCAAAGUGUGCCUGUGUUGUGGUUAAUGUAUCACCCCAGAACAGUGCCAAUGAGGUGAGUUCACCUUUCAGUGUGAAUGGAAUGGAAUUCCCACCCCCACCCCUAGCAGGGUGUCUCUUGGCCCUGCCAUUCUAAAGACAGGCAACGCUGAGCCUAUACUUAAGCCUUUGAGGAGCCUGAGCAGGUGCCACCUGUAUUUAUCAUUGGAAACAGAUGCCACAUGAGCAGGGUGCUAUUAUGAGAUGGGACAUGCCUAGAAACCACCCUCGGUUUCUUGUUUUCUAUAACACGUUGCUUCUGUUGUUGCUACUUGAUGGCCUUUUUUUAAAGAAAGAAAGAAAUGCAAGCCCAGCACCUUUCUGCAGGUGCGCAACUGGGCAGCUCCAGCCCCAAGCGCUCUCUUCCCCUCCCUCUUCUAAAAAAAAAUUAUUUAUUGGCAGUUUUUCAAAGGUACCAUCCCUCCCUGCAAGAAAAACAGACACAGGGAUAACACGUCAUCUUUCCCCAGCACAGUUUAAUAAUAGUAAUAGAGUGCUAAUCCCUUUCACAGAGUUUUCUAAAUGCGAAUGAAAUGUAACUGAUACUCAGGUCUCUUCGAUGCACUUCCAUCUCUCACUACUGUUUAGCUUUGGGCUGCAGGAUCAUACACGGCUAUAAUUUGAUUUGAUUUAUUUGUUUAGAUGAUUUACACCCUGCUCUUCAUUAAGAAAUAAUCCCAGAACAGGGAUUAUAGCUGGGAAAUGGAAGUCGUUUCAAUGAUGGCAACGUAAUUCAAUAUUGAUGAUGGCUUGCCUUUGGGCAAAGGUGGUUUGAAAGCCUCCAGUCGCUUUGCACAAUAUUUUAAUUUUCAACGAAGGAGGAGGAAAAUUCUACUCCUCAUGGCUAAGAUGUGGUUUGAGAACAAGGAAGCUCAGAACCUAGGAGAUAAAUGAAAACAACAUCAAGUGUUAUUCUUUCAUCUCAUGAUUUCAGGAAGCUAAGUCAUGUGUUUUGAAAAUGUGGGGCUCGCAAUACCAAUCAUCGCAAGUGUCUUCUGGACGAAUAAUUUGAACUACCAUUGGAAUCUGUAAUGCAGAAGGUAGCCUGGAUUUUAAAAGCUCUGGAUUCUGGAACAAGGCUCAGUCUACUAGUCAGUAGUUCACCCAUAUGCAAUUUCAUGAGUUUGUGUCAAUUGACACCCCCCCCAAAAAAGUACACGCCUUUUGAAUUACUAUUUUCCGUGUGGCACAUUGCAGGAGAAGGAGUGAGACCACCUUUCAACUUUUUUUUUUUUUUACAAGCAGCAGUGAUAAACAAUAGCAGCACAGGAGGAAAACAGUGUUUGGGCUUAUCCACAUUUACCUUUGACCUUGCUCUUUCCAGGCACAGGUCUCUGUGUUAAAGCUCUGUGUCUGGGCACUCUUUCUGUUGCUGUUUGCUCUGAUUCAGCUUUAAAGAGCGAACUGGCACAUGACUGUCAGUACGCUUUCUUACUGUUAGAUUUUUCUUAGGUAUCCAACAAUCUUUUGUCUGCACCAGUGGGUGGUCCUUGAUGGAAUGUUUGCAUAUGAUGAUUCCUGGCCCCUCCCCUUAACCAUUACUCCCCACCCUCCAUUAUGCAACAAGUACUUCUGUACCUGUGCAUACAGAUUGUUCCUUUUUUUAAUCCACAGGGAGAAGGCUUGUAGUGUUAUCUUAAAUCCCAAUGUAUAUACUAUGUUUACAGUCUCCAAGGUAACUCCCCACAUGUGUUUAGAUCACGAGAUAAUAGCACCUCAGAAUUGAUUUUUUGAAAUUCUGACAUGCCCACAACAUUUGGCACUCAGUGAAAAUAGGCAAUGCUUGUAUUAUUUGGGCUACAAAACAUCCAGGAGUAGGGCAAUAUAUUCAUCCACAGAAACAUCACUACUUCUGUGAGAAACCUGCUUGUGAAAAUGUGCUAAUGGAUUUCUACAUCACCAUCAGGCUGUUGAUCUGCAGUGGACUAGUUUUACUUCACAGUUUUUCCAUGGUGAGGGAAAAAUCUGAAUUGAAUGGAAAAACGAGUAUUUUGGCAUUUUGAUAAUGGCAAUGUCAGGUGAUCUGUGAGGAAAAAAAAAGUUGUGCAUUCCCAUGAAGGGAUCUUCCAGAUGGAAGUUCCUUGUGGAAUCAGUGCUGCUCAGAAAGGGAGGAGGUGCUUACCUGAAUUCCUGGCAGAUAUGUCUCUGCUGCUUACCAGAAGGGGGAGGGGCAAGGUGGCAGUGAGGGUGGCACAAAGUUGUUGUUGUUGUUGUUGUUGUUGUUGUUGUUGUUGUAAGCAGAGAGAAAUCAAAAUGCUCAAAUUUGUCAUUCUUUGGUCCCAUCACCAUGACAAGUCUUCACAUGAUGCUCUAAUGAACAUAUUAGCCAAGCUGUUCAUAACUAAUGGGGGUGGCAUAGACCACUCAUAGCCAUGAGGAGGACAUGUGGGGGGUGGAGAGAAGAAUAAGACACUUCACAUGGUCAUAUGGCACUUCCUGCUGAGUCUACACCUUGCAACAUUCAUAUGCUCAGGAGAGCUUUGAGGUCAGGUUUCUGGGUGCGUCCCUUUGACAAGCAGACCCAUGAAACCACAGUGAGUAAAGAUCUGUGCCCAUCACAGCUGCUGCCCUUUGUUUCUUUCUCCACAAACUCACACAUCACCCUCUAUCCUCCAUCUAGGCCAGUUCAAGGACAAAUUUCAGCCAGGCAAAAACAGUUGAGGAGGGUGCAAAGCAGGGCUGGUGAGUGGGUGUGGCCUGGGGAGAAAAGCUGUGGCUGGGCAGUGAAAGUCCUGAGGACCAGGUAGAGAGGCUGCAGGAGCCCAUUUGCUCACCAGGUCUCAGGUUUCCCAGCUCAGGCAUUCGGUGUUCAUACGCUAUUCUGUAAUAUGUACAACAACCAUACAAGGUAGGACAGCAUCAGUGGCGGUCUUAGGGGUCUCAACUUUCAGCGGCGCCCUGUGCAACGCUAAAAUUAGACGCACAACCUGCUCCAUUCUGAAACACAGUUUUAGUGCCCCCUGCAGCGCAGCAUUCAGGGCGACCACACUUGUUGCGCCACUCUAAAACCACCUCUGGCAGCACUGUUUUCCCCAUGUUACAGAGGGGUGGUGGGAAUGAGGCUGAGGCUUCUUUGUGAUUAUUGGCAUGCUUGUGCUCUUAAUCACUGUUCUAAUCUGCCUCUCCCUAUUAGCAGUGAAGACACACAUGUGAAUAUUUUCACCCCUUGUAAGUUUCCCAUGCGGGUGAGUACAGUUCCCAAAAGCAACUCUUUAAGUUUGAGUGAGGCAGUGGGGUUACCUGCAUCAGGAGACUUCCUCCCAGGCAUUUGAUGGUGCAAACUGAUUAGAGGAUCUUUUGGCUGGUAAUUGUAAAUUGGUUUUAUGUGAAUGAUGUCUUUUAGGGACGUAUGAUGUGUGUAUCAGUGUUUAAAUUGUUGUUAAGGUUGUGUUUUAAUUUCUGUUGUAUCUUUUCAAUUUUUCUAUUGUGCUAGAAGUCGCUCCCAGGGAUUCACAUUUCACUCUCCCUAUAAUCUUCCCAAAUUUUGGAUGUAUGCGUGGAGUUGCUUAUUUGCAUCUUAGAAUCACACCCACUGUUUUUAGGGUUAGGGUUACUCCCUGUCUUGAUCAUCCUCUCCUUCAUUCACACUCAGAUACAGACACACAAUUCACAUUAUAUUUUAUUUUUACAUAUUUUUUAUUAAAGAUUUAUUGGUUCAUAAAGAGCACAUAACCCACCUACUCUCAGCAGCCAGAAACAUCAUAGCCAGACAGUGGAGAGACCUGUCAGGAGUCAGCAUGGACCAAUGGUACCAAAUAGUAUGGGAAACAGCUUUAUUAGAAAAACUGACCAAUAAACUGAAACUGACAUGGGGACAAACAGAAGAAGAUGCCUUCACCCUGGUAUGGCUCCCCUUUAUCACAUACACAACCCAACAAGACAACGACAAGAAUCUGCCAACAGCACACAAUUCACAUUUGUAAAAAACAAAAAAACAAAAAAAGAAGCACGCAGCUUGAUGCUUUUUCUCACAAUGCUUUGUCACUCCUUUUAUGACUCCCUGGUUUCUGAGACACCAUAUGGGCAGGAAAUAAUAGUGUGAGAUUCAGCAUAGAAAUAUGUAGGCAGUUUAUCUUGGGGAAAAUAAUGUGAAACAGAUAUUUCAGUGGGAGGGGGAAUUGGGAGUUUUGAAAAAAGGAGAGACCGUAUUGUAAAAGCAGCUGCUAACUCAGGAAAGGGCAGCAGUGUUGACGUGAUGCCAAUUAGUUUGUAUUGAAUGUUCCCUGCCUUACCUCCUCCCCAUCUUGACUCCAUUUUCUGAUCAGGUUAGGAACAUGACAUUUGCAUAAGCAUCACCUUUCAGAUUUAUUCAUUCUUCGGAGUUUAACACAGGGAAGUUCAGAAACUUGAAUCUCUAGCAGGGGUAUGGGGUGGUGGUGGAGGGAAGCACAGCGAUGAGAGUGGUGGGUGCAGAAACGAACAGAUUUUUGUGGCAGUUGCAAAAGGAGGAAGAGGUUUCUCUGACCUCAUCCACUGACAGCUGGAGGUCCACUCCAGAUUUCUUCUAGUUUCUGAACUCUUGGGAGGUUCUGGUUUCGAGUUUCUUCACAGUUCUGUGAUUUAGAAACUCUUUCUGACAAAGCAUACUAUGGAAAUGUCUCUUUUGAUAGAUAAUUACAGGACAUAGCAUAAGGUAAUCACAAGCGCAACAAACUUUGUGUUUUUAGUUUGUGAUUUUAUGCUGUGAACCAUCCUGAGAUCUUUGGAUGAAAUGUGGUAUACAAACUAAAUUAAUUAAUAAAUCAUCAUCAUCAUCACCAUUAUCCUGGGAUAGGCGUCAGAGACUGGGCAGAGAAAGAAUGAUGGAGACUGCCUCCCCAUCCUGACCCUUCCAGGGAGGAGGAAGAGGAAGACAGUAUAGAUUUACAACGGGUUUGAGGGAGGUAGCAGCUCAGAGGCAGAUGAGGGGAAAAGUUGGGAAAUAAUGGGAGAGGAAGAGGAGGAAGAGGAGGCAGAACCAGAGCAGCAGCUGGCUGACACGGUGUCAUUGGAAAGCAUUCCAGACCCUCCGUCUCCCAGAACCUGGAGAGCCUUAAAAGUAGGAGAGCAAAGAGCUCAAAGACAGUGGGCACUUAGCAGCACCCGUAGAAGUGAUGAAUGAGGAAGUGGGAGAGACAGGGGUGGGGGGGUGGAGAUUCACUUGGGACAAUGCCAUUAUCCAAGAGGCUGAGUUCUAUAGCCUUUCUCUGUAAAUAUUGAGAUAAAAAAGGAUGGUAAGAAAUUUUUUCUUGUCUUUAUACUUUCCUGGGUAACCAGUCAGGAGCCACUGACAACAUCCUGACAACAGGGAAUCUAUGGCUCUCCAGAUUGGUUUCUGUUGCCAAUUGCACACCUGAUAAUCUUCAAGGGGGAAAAUAGGGUUCAGAAUUAGGAGAACAGAGGAAGAUACUUUAUACUCACUGUGUUUCCAGCGCUGGAUUCUUAAUCCCUGUUCAUGAGACAUUAUCCAAAAUGCAUAUGCAACCUGCACUUUGUUAUGAAAUACAACUCUUGAUGAGUUGUUUCUCAAACCAGCUUCACACUAAUUGGAGUCCUUAAGCCCAGGCCUAAUCCACCUUUUGCCAAAGUGUGAACACAAUAGCAGGGUGUAAAAAUGUUCCUGCCCCCCAGGUGUGCUUGCACACGCAGAAAAGAAUCAGACGCUAAGGAAACUCUGCUGAUGUGAAAUGCACCUGGAAAUACACAACAUCACUGCACCCUCAGGUGGUAAUGUGAACACACACACCCAAUUCAGACCUUUCUAGCUUGGUUUUGUCAACCCUGACCGGCAGUGGCUCUCUGGGGGUUCAUGAAGAAAUCUUUCUCAAACUUCCCAGCCCUAACUGGAAACACCAAGGAAUGAAUUGGGGGCCUUCUGAAUGCAGAGCAUGUGCUCUACCUCUGGGUGGAAUGGAAGAUGGGGUGAGGCUGGGGUGGGACUGAAUUUCCCACACCAAUUUGAACUAGCCAGUCAUUGACUUGCUGCAUUUGCAAUGCUUCUGGUUUCCACCUUUAAAUGUAAAGGCUGCUCAGUUGGUUAGAUGACUAACUCUUUUGUUGAUAGGAUCCUGGGGAUAGGAGGAACAGACUAAACAAGAAGGGGUGGGUGUGGGAGAAAUGUGUAGAUCAGGUACACCUAAGGGAACUACGUGCCUGAGAUGCUUUUCCAUUUGCCUCUGGGACAAAAAGGAGGAGCUCCUCCUGAUAUUUUGGGUAAUGUGACUCUCUGUUUUAAAAGAAGUUCGCCUAAUAGUUCACUAUGGAGAGAGAGAGAGAGAGAGAGAGAGAGGAACACUCUCAACCAUCCCUUCUCAUGAGAAUUUCUGUAUAUAUAUUUUAAGCAGGGACUUAAAACCCAGUUCUCAAAUUCUCCACAUGGAAAUGGAAAUUCUGCAGCAAUAUUGUGAAAUGGGAAUGAAAAAAGUGACACCACUGUGCACAGCAACAGGAGCCAAAUGCAUGACAAGAGGUUCGAAUCCAAACUCUGCCGUGGAGAUAUAUAAUAUUAUUAUGACUUAAGCCUCCGUAAAGUGGAAGUAAAGUGGACACCAUGAAGCUUUUUCAAAGGAUGAAUGAGAUAGGAAUUCUGCAUGCAGCCUGAUCUUAACUACCUCUACUUAGAAACAAGUUCCACUGUGAGGUAACUUUCCAAAGGAUUAUUAAAAUUCCAUAUGAUGCAAGAUUAGGAGUUGGAAAAAAUUAUUUCAAGUGUUAGGUGACAAUUGCAAACGUGGGAAAAUGUAAACUCUAAAUGGGUGCAGUAGACCAGACCACCAAUCAAACUCUUGCAAUUGAUGCAUGAAAUCUGUCAGUGUUUGUAAAAAGCAAAAAAAAAGAAGGAAAAGGUUCUGACCUCCCUUUGUCUCCUCAGCCUGGUCCUCGGACCCUUGUCGGCACAAAAAGAGUCCACGAGAAUAUCCUUGCAGAGUUUUAUUCUUAAAAGUCUUUGUGCAAAACACGACUGAAUAACUAUACACACCAGCACGCACCAACCCAAACUCCAGCCUCAGCACAAACUAACAUUUCUCACUUUAUAUAUACAACCUGCUGCAGGCCGCUGAGUCAUGCUGACCCAGCUUUAUUCCCAUUAAAGAAACAGCGGCCAUUUUAGCCGUGACAAAAUCAUCCUUCUAGGAAAUAUGCAUUCAUGUAAAAACAUUACUAGACUUCUUUGGAUAUAGCACAAUAUUCUAGGAGAGGCCACCAUUGUAUUUUUACCAUGACAAUCAACUGAGCUAUAAAUACUGGGAAGAGUUUUGGGCUUCUAUGAUGGUGAUGAAGGAUCUCCCAAAGCACACAUUUCCUGCUGUAAAAUAAUCACCAAUCAUCAAUCAUCAUCAUCAUCAUCAUCAUCAUUUAUUUAUGCCCCACCCAUCUGGCUGGGUUUCCCCAGCCACUCUGGGCAGCUCCUAUCAAAAUAUUAAAAAUACAAUAAAUCAUCAAAGAUUAAAAACGUCCCUUCAGUCUAAAAGUCAGAUAGUUUUUUAUUUCCUUGAUAUCUGAUGGGAGGGUGUUCCACAGGGCAGGCGCCACUACCGAGAAGGCCCUCUGCCUGGUUCCCUGUAACUUCGCUUGUUGCAGUGAGGGAACCAUCAGAAGGCCCUCGGAGCUGGAGCAAACACCACCCACUGAGAAAAUGAGGGACAGAUAUCAACAUUCAAAUAUGUGUGUGUGUGUGUGUGUGUGUGUGUGUGUGUGUGUGUCCUUAGCCUGGUGUCAAAAAGGUGUUGGGGAAAGUGUUCUGAAGACAGAGAACAAGCCACUGAAGAAAAGGCCCUUUCUCAUGUGCCUGGUUGCUAUUGAUCCUACCUCUCCUGAGAGGAGGACUCUUGCCUGACAUGAUACUGGCACUUGGAAGCAAAGAGGGCCCACUGCUUCUGACAUUCAAUCCAACUUAAAAUACAUCAGGAAGAACUUUCUGGUGGUAAGAGCUGCUUGAAAGGGGAACGGUCUCCCUCGGGAGGUCAUGAACUCUCCUUCCUUGAAUGCUUUUGCUGAUAUUUGUGCAUUGCUGAGGGUUGGACUGGAUAACCCUUGGGGUCUCUUCCAACUCUACAAUUCUAUGAUUCUUUGAUAAGCCUCCACCUUUCUCCCAAGUUCCUGACAUAGAAGAUAGCCAGAGCCUGCUCCCUGCAGUCCACCGUGAGCUUUGGAGGCCUCGCUGCUUUCAGGGGAGUGCAAUUGGCACCUGGUCAAGACAAGUCCAUGCCUGUCUGUUACCGGGAUAGGCCUUUGCCUGUCUUUUGCUGGGCACUGGAGCAGUCACUCACCAAAUUCAAGGAUAUAAUUGACAUGGGUGACCUGGCAGUCAUGUUUGUGACUCCCUAGAAAGACUUCUGCCCGAGACCUUAGAGGACCACUGCCAGUCGGAGUAGCUUCACAUAAAAGCAUCCAAACACAAGUUCUGUUUUAGAUGUGCAGUUCACUUAAAGAAAAGGGGAAAAAAAAGUUUUGAGGAGACAAAGGAAGAGAACAGCACAUGCAUUGUGAAUGUCUGACUGGCAUGGAGCAUGUUUUUGAGAGGAGGCAAUGGAGUUCUAUUCUCGAGAUGGAAGAAUGAAUGGCCAAGUACCCAUCAGAGGCAUUUCAGUUAUUCAGUCCUGCCUCUCAGGAGAGGGCCAUCAGUCCCAGAAAUCUGUUUGGAACAAGUUGUGCACAGAGCUACAUUCAAAAGCUCGCACGAGGAACACAGCUGUUGCUGCCAAACAUCAUUAGAUGAUGAUCAUUGCCUUUGUGGCUCUCUGUCAGGCGUCUCAGGAGGAAUUUCAGAAUGUAAGAUUGAAUCAGAAGCCUUGAUUAGGGGGAGGCUGAACUUCCUGAAAGUUAAAUCCCUUUCUCUUUAGCCCCAGCUUGACAGGGCCCAUCCCAUGAUAAAUUGCUUGAGCUUGGAUUGCUGAUGUAUAAUUUAAAAUACUACCAUGCACACAGGGGGGAUAUUAUUUGAAAUGCAAUUCACGCCCUGAAAUGUCUCAAACAGGGGCUCAGUUUCCCUCCUCCCCAUCUCAUGAUUUCUAGUUCUGUGUCUCCUCUCUCUCCUUGCAGUGAAGACUCCCUGCACCCCCAUUUCACUACGGAGAAGCACUUAAAGGCGUUCCCUGCUCCCUCCUUCCAAGUCUAGAUCAGGAAAAGAAACAACCACAUCUGGAAGCUAUUUGGAGGAUCUCUUUUUGACAUUCCUCCCUUUGAAAUAGAAUCCAAUGGAGCUUUUUAAGCGUUGUGUAUGGAAGAGAGCUUUGCAAAGGGGUCCUCCCAAAAACAGCCUGUCAGAUGACUGAUAAGAAAGGAUGGGACCCAAACAUUGUAUGGAAUGUAGAGGGCAAGGAAAGCUCUGCACAGAGAUUUCCACUGAGUUUAUGAAUUCAGCUGUAUCCUGGGGCUGCUGCUUAGACCAAGAGUGGGGAACCUGUGGCCACCCAGAUGUUUCUCUACAUCUGUCCCAUCAGCCCAGGCCAACACACCCAAUGGUCAGAAAUGAUGAGAGUUAGAGUCCAGUUGCAUCCAGAGGCCACCAUCUCACCUCUGCCUUGUUUUUAUACAUAUGAUGACUUUUAACAGGAAAAUGUCAUUAAUGAGGUAUGCGCAAGAUCAUUCCGAAACAUAUUGCUCCUUUCGUGGUGAAAUAUUGGCGCAAGGCUGGGAAAGAAACUUAGUUUUCAGUGGAAAAAAAAUGGUCCUCUCUCCAUGUCAUUAUUUGGAGGAACAUAAAUUAAACAAAACAAAAGAUAAACAAGUAGCCUUAGAUGAACUGGAGGAUUUUUGAAACGUGAUAUGGUCACUACAGGCAACCCCCUUUUACGCACAUUCAUUAUGUGUAAGGCCGCACACAUCCGCAUCACGCCAAACCCAGAAGUGACCCAAAAAUGUCACAAAAAGGGGCGGAAUAGGGCAGGCGCGGAACGCGGGGCUUGCAGGCUUUUCCAAUGGUGUUUCAAAUAUACACAAUUUCACUGACGCGUGUGGUGCCUUAGAACAUAACCUCCAUGUAAUUGGGGGGGGGCUGUAUUUCAACAAUAAAAUCAACUGAUAAAAAUAAACAGCAAACAGCAGAAACAAUUACACCAAAUAUUAUAUUUCUUUUUUAAAAAUUAAAAGCUAGAGACAGUCUAAAGCUAUUCACCCGGUGCCAAAAGAUUUACCUUAUGCACCGUUUGAUUAUUUAAAAGCAAGAACACAACAGCCCCAAAGCACCUCUAAAUGGUUUACAAAAACCAAUUGCACCCUUAAUUGUGCUUUUGCACAUAACACUUAUUGCUGGUUAACAUUUUUCAACCGCUUCCCCCUAACAUGGCAAGAAAAUGGCUGUACAUGCAUGACUUUGUCACGAGUGAUUGGCAAGGUGUGAAUAUCUGAGCUGGGCAUGUGGCAAAGCUCUUGGAAGAUUGUGCAUCAUUCACGGGUCUCAGGCUUGCACCUGACCACUGCAGGGUCUUUUGGAACGAUGGAUGUGGAAACAGGGAAAUGCGGGGUGGAGAUUGCUAAAACAGCCACCUGAGUUGCAGCCACUGUGGCCCUUUCCAAUGGUGUGCUUUGCACAUUUAAUAGUUCAGAUAUUAAAUGAAGUUAAGGCAGGAAAGAAAAUCAGCCAUGCUGCAGGGAUAAUGCUUGGCUCCCUGCCUUGCUUGUUUUCCAGCCAAGCUCUAGAGCUGCCAAGGAAUUCUUCCAAAAAAGAACUGUACUAAACGCUGUAUGAGGGGACUGAUUUUCAUAUUGGAAAUGGCUCUCUUUUUUCAUCAGACUUUCCAAAGGAAAAUGGCCACUUCAAUGAUAUCUCUCACAUCAGGGAAAAAUUUAAAUAAUAAUUAUUAUUCAAAAGCAUAUGGCACCAUCCUUUGAAAAUGAAACAAAAACCAACAAAUCAAUUAAAAACGAACCUUUCCUAUUUUUAGUAUGGUGAUUUUUAAAAAAAAGUGUGUGUGUGUGUGUGUGUGUGUGUGUGUAAUAUAUAAAACACAGCUCUUUGCAAAAUCUUUCCUUCUGAGUAGGAUGAGCAAUUCUAUCAAUUUCUGCCAGUUUCUCAUUUUUCCAAUCUCCCCAAUUUCCCAUCAGUUUUCAUCUUUAAAAAAAAUAUCAUCAUGAAAAUUAGUCAGCAUUUCAGUGUAGUUUUCUCUUACUAUUUACAUUUUGCCAGCAAAAUUUCCCCUAGUAUAAUGCACUUUGUAUUUAUUUUCAUGAAUAUAUAAUUUUUUGUGUGCACACUUUACCCCAGAAUAUGCAUUUGUGUACCUCUUGCUUGGCUGGAGAACUGUGUUACAAAAUUCAGAGAAGUGCAAAUUUUGAAAGCUGGAUGCGUUUUGGUCUGUGCAUGGUUCAGGAAAUGCAGAUUAAGUAGAUUUGCCUUUUAAUGUCAAGUGAAUCCUAAUUCUGAGUUCGAAAUGCCUCAGAAUUGUUGUAAUAGAUUUAUUGAUGAAAUGUGUUUUCCCCCCCUUUAGGUUCCUUUUGAUACUGGAACUUUCUCUAGAUCAGUGGUGGCCAAACUUGGCCCUCCAGCUGUUUUGGGACUACAGUUCCCAUCAUCCCUGACCACUGGUCCUGUUAGCUAGGGAUGAUGGGAGCUGUAGUCCAAAAACAGCUGGAGGGCCAAGUUUGGCCACCACUGCUCUAGAUAGUUAAAAGUCUUAUUGCCUGACACCCUUUUGAGUUUUCCUUUGAUGGAGAUUAGCUUUACACCUUGUUUUCAAGCAAAAAGUGUCUUCUGCAGGCCAAAUGUAUUAGCAGACAACACUCCAAUGUCUGGAGCAUAUAUUGUCUUUAAUAUCCCAUGAGUUAUUACUUUAUUAUUUAUUAGGCUUAUAUCCUGCCCUUCAGCAUAAGAUCUCAGGGUGGUUCAAAAGACAAAAAUACAAUGUAAAAACACAAAUAAAUAGUCAAGACAAAACAAUGAAACAAUAACCCCCACACUCAAACACAUUUCAAAGGCUGCAGAAUAUUAAUCAGCCAAAGACCUGGUUAAAGAGGAACGUUUUCACCUAGUGCCUAAAGACAUAUAAUGAAGGCACCAGAUGAACGUCCCUGACAAACCUCAUUGUCUCUUAAUGGCUUUUAAAUGGGAAGUAGCAGGCAGGGGGCCCUCAAACUGGAUCAGGACCCCGGCAUUGGGGAAGGCAGGCUUCAACUCUUUGCCUCUGCUGUGUCCCUAAUUGAGAUCUGCUCUCCCACAUUUCCUGUUUGCAUUGGAAGAAAAGCUCCCAUUGGUACAAAAGGAAGCUUUUCUUGCAAUGGAAAUACCACAAGUGAUGCUCCCAAUCCAGACUAGAACCACAGGCAAAGGGAUAAAAAUGCAACAUUAAAACCAGCUAAAACUUUAGAGAAGUCUUCCAUGCAUCAGCCCUGAGAAAGCAGGAAGGUGUGUCUCCCUUGGCAGUACAGGGAUUAGCCUGGAUGAGUUUCACUCCAAGCACAUUUGUCCUAAUCUAACAAAAGAGCUCUGUGUGCAAAAGUCGACUCCUAUGUGCAAGGCAGAUAAGGAUGUAUAUGUGCAUCUAGACGUUCAGCCUAAAAUGUAUUGCUAUGCUCAAUAAGACUCCAUUGAAGAAGAUGCAUGCACCUUUUGAUGCCCACGACGGUCCGUGUGUAUAGAAAAAGAGGCUACGAGUUGUUAUGUGUGACUACUGGUUGUCCACAAUUACAGCUAGUUUGGAGCUACAGCUGCACCUUGGAUCCCAAACGCCUUGUGAGUCGAACGUUUUGGCUUCCGAAUCCAGAAGUGAGUGUUCCGGUUUGCAAACGUUCUUUGGAACCCAAACGUCUGAAGUCACUUUCACGGCUUACAAUUGGCUGUGGGAGCUUCCAAACAUUUUGGAAGUCGAACGGACUUCCGGAACGGAUUCCAUUCAACUUCCGAGGUACCACUGUAUUACAACAUAUAUAUAUAUAUAUGUAUAUAUCCAGUAUAUCCAGUGACAUCCUAGGUUUCUGUCCGUAGGACAAAUGUGUCUGAACUUUCAUCCAUCCAUUCAUUUGCCUUUUUUCAGCCUUUAGGGGAACCCAGUUUGCCAUUUUUGUAUGUGUUGCAUUCUCAGACUCUCUGCUUGGAGAGUUGGCAACUUUAUACCCAAUACAGACUUCCCAGUAGCAGAAUGCCAUUAGGGCUCCUUGGAAGAGUCCUUCCUCUUCCCAGUCCAGGAGGAGACUGGCCAGUUUGCCAUCCUUACCCAACUCUCUCUGAUGAAGCUUCUCCUCCUACAGGGCUCAGAGCUGCUAUUGUACAGCCCAUACUUCCUUCCUGAUGCCUUUUUAAAUUCAGAUUUCCACGGCUUGGAAAUCUGAAGAUCCAAAACUCUUUUUCCUGCCUCCUUUUAGACUGCGCUCCAUUUCGAGGCAACUGUGUGUUCCUCAGAGGAUUACAUGCAUCACUGACACCAUAGCUGCUAAUCCACUCUGGCAUUCCUCGUGGCUCCAUGGGUGUCCCUAGGGUGUGUUUCGAGUAAAGAGAGAGGCAAGGGUGGGGGGGAGAGGCAAAUACCUGCACUGCUUGUGCAACAGAAGGCUGAAUUUCAGCAACAGUAACUCAGAGCCCUCUCCCGACCUCCUUCCCUAGGUAAUGAUCACACUGACUGAACAAACAGUCAAAGGUGCUGCCGCAGAUAAGCGCUGGUACAGUUGAUCCCUUGCUUUCCAUGCCGGAUUUGAACUUUCAGGACACAUUGUUGGCGCAGCUUAACACUUUAAUGUGAUGCUUGCCAGUGGCAAGGAAUUCUUCGGCUCACAGGUAGAAUCAAAUCGUGGUUUUCAAGGGGGGGGGAGGUACAGAAAUGAAAUAAAACCCUCUGGAAUAUUAUUUACUUCAACGUGUAUAAGCUGCCUUAUACCUGAAGGAAUGUCUCCACCCCCAUCGUCCAGCCCAGACAUGGAGGUCCAGUUCCAAGGGCCUUCUGGCGAUUCCUUCACUGCAAGACGUGAAGCUACAGGGAACCAGGCAAAGGGCCUUCUUGGUAGUGGCCUUCCAUCUGAAUGCCCUUCCAUCAGAUGUCAAGGAGAUAAAUAACUAUAUGACUUUUAGAAGACACCUGAAGGCAUAGGAGUCAUUCUUAAGAGCCGAGGAGGUCUUCAACCCCCUCAAUAAAAUAUUUGAGGGCCCCUCAAGUUGAUGGGCAUUGCCAUUCAAAUGAUGUGCAUGCACCACAUAAUGUGUUCAGUUAUGCAGGGUGGGGCUUACCUCCCCCUCCCCCAAUAUUUUGUUCAAGUUGGCACCCUUGUCUGAAGACAGUCCUGUACAGGGACUUUAAUGGUUGGUGUUUUAUUGUGUUUUUAAUAUUUUGUUGGGAGCCAGAGUCCAGUCCUGCUCCUGAACAGUUGAUAAGUGCUACCUACUACUAUUUUUUGCUGGGCCUGGUUGAAAGAUGGGGCCAUGAAAUCAUAUGCACAGUGCAGGACUUGUUCCCCAUCCAGCUUGGCUUACGCAUGUGCAGAAGCCUGCUUCAAACGCAUGGAACAUCCAUGUGUUGUGCAGACAGAAUUCGACAGAAUUCAGCACUCUGGGAAGCUCAGCUUUGGCACAGAUAAGGAAGCAAGUUUCUAGGCUUACGGCUGCAAAUAUAGACUUGUCUGUCUGGUUAAACUGCAGAAACCAGAGGAAGAAGGGAAGCUGAGUGUAGCAUUUCCGGUGGGGCAGGGCCAAGACUUGGGCGCCCUGCAUGCUCCCCACCCCGUAACUAUCAAAAUAGAUAAUGCGGAAUAGGUCAAUAUGUGUAUGUUUUCUAAAUUCGCAUAGCACAUACAGUCUGCAGGACUAUGGCUAUUAUUGCACUACACAUUUAUUUUAUAUUUUAAACACAGCAUAUGCACAGCUCUUAUCCAACAUUGAUGUUCCACGUGGAGACCUGCUGGGCUAGCUCAUGGCAAUAGCCUUGCACUUUAUUGUGCUUGUGGCAAUGAAAUCUUGCAAUGCAUGUUGGGGAAGAGGGAGGAGAGUGAGGAUGAUAUAGUAACACACACAUCUAGGAAGAGGCAGGAGAUGGAUGAGAAAGGACAGAAGUGGUGAGCACCAAUGAGCAAUUUAACUGUGGUUUGUCUCCUUGUCUGAAGCAACAAACUGUAGUUAACGAUCUCGCUUGAAACAUGUCCACUUCAAGCCAUGGUUUACAAAGCUGGCUGGUUUAAAUGAACCACAGUUAAUGUGAACCAUGGUUCCCAAUUCAGUAAGCUGUGAGUAUCUAAAAGUGGAAGCUUCCAAACUCCUAAUCUCAGCUGCAUGGGAGGAGGAGAGGAGAGUUCAUUCUUGCUUGCGCACAUCACACUAAACCUGGUCUAGCAUGAUGCACAAACAUGGCCAGAGAGGGUGAGACAGAGAUUGUGUGCGUUAUGUGCAUCGAUACCUCGACAUUUCCCUCUUCCUUUCACUCUACAGUGAUGAUCUAUUACUCUGUUACUAUUAUUAAUGAACACUUAGAAAGUACAGGUUUCCAAGCAUCUCUCCACUUUUCCCAAGCCCUUUUCCUCAGUGAAUUACAGGUUCUUUUUGGUAAGCCACAGAUGCAAAAUGGGCUUCUGUGACAUUUGAGGGUUAAAAGAAAAAGAAGACAAACAGGUAUGGGCAUAUAGAGCUUUUCAUAAGUGCUCAAAAGGUCUAGCGUACAUGAUCCCAGUCAUCCUUACAACAACCCUGUACGAUAGGCCAGGAUUAUUAUUACCCCACUAUUGCGGGUGGGUUUGAGGCUGUGAGACAGUUACUUGCUUCAGGUUAGCUAGGUGGGACAAUCGCGGUUCAGCUGAGAUUUGAAGCAGGAACUUUUCUGCUUUAGAUGUGCUUUCCCCCAGCAAGGAUGAAUCAGAGUGAAAUUGUAUAAUCCUUAUUUUUCCCCAACACACAGGCUUGCUCACAGUUCCCAGAAGGGAGAAAGGGUGACCAUUUGCACAAAAUGAAACAUUUAGCUAGUUGGCAGCCAUUCUCCUUUACAUGGCCCAGAGGUCCCCUUGGCGAGGCAAUUUUAAAUUUAAUUGUGCUGAUAAAACAUUGCAUGUGUCAGAGAGAGAGAGAGAGAGAGAGAGAGAGAGAGAGAGAGAGAAGCAUGUUCAUUAAUGAAGACAGAGAGAUGAAGGGUAGAGAUGGGUGAGUGAGACAGGAUAGGAUAUCUUUUCAAAAAUAAAAUAAAAAUACAAGCAUUUCAAAGAUUACAUUGCCGAGAAAUGAGGUGGGUUUGAAUAAACCUAGCUAAAAGCCAAUAAAAUGGUCAGACUAGUUCAAAACCAACCGCGUGAAAACUGUAUAUAGGAGAAAAAGCAUUUAAGAAGAAAAAAGCACUAGAACCUCAUCCCUCAGGCCACGCAAAUGACAAUUCUGGGUAUAAUCCGUGUGUGGCAGAAGGUAGCAGUUUCACAUCAGCUGUCCCUGGCCUCUGACCUCCACAUAUCAAGAUCUUGCUAGUGAGCCUGAGUCUGCUGCCCUACUCCUCUCACUGAUCACCCCCAGAAUUGCUUGAUGCAAUUUGUGUCCAGGAUAUUUUCAGGACUGCCUGGUCCCUUAUAUCUGUCAUGGGCCAGGAGUCACCUUCUCCUGCUGAACAGCAGCUUGAAGGGGAGAAGGCAGUGACUCCACCUGGAGCUGAUCAGCCUUCAAGGCACUGAUGAGAACCAGCUGGCUUCAGCCUCCUUAAGCACAGCUUCCAGCAGCAGGAACAAUGCUUGUAGUUCCUGGUCCUACCUUGCUGCUUCCUGCUCGUUUUGACCCUUUACCUCAUGAAUAUCAGAUUCUCUGCCUCCUGGACCAUCUGACCACGUGGAUGGCUGCUCGCCCAACCCUAGGACUGGACCUGACUCUGGAUGCUGACUCUGCCUCCAAGGCGAGUACACCUCAAAGACUCUUGGCUGGCCUCCCACUCCACUGAGCUCUGCAUGUUUUGUAGCUCAGCAAUGAGAGUACAACGAUAUCUGAUCUCUUGACUGUCCUUCCUGCUUUGCAGGGGGUUAGACUAAAUGACCCUUGGGGGUCCUUUCCAACUCUACCAUUCAAGGAUUCUAUCUCUGCCCCAUCACUGAAAGCUUUGAGGGAGUUUCUGUUCAUGGUCCCCUAUGGCUCCUAUCCACCACAAGCAUCCUGAGUACUGUGGGCCCAGCUCUGUGGAAUCCCCCCUUCCCUGUUUAGCUGCAGGGGCUUGACAAAAAACAUAUUUAUUUCUGCAAGCAUUUUAGAGGAUCCCCUUCCCUGUUUUUUAUGACUAAUUUCACUCCAUCUUAUCCAUUGCAUGCUUCAGUGCUUUUCUGUGUGAAAGAUGAUGUUGAUGAAUUGUAAAAUGCUUUCUCCUCCCUUCUUCCUCUGCCCUCUCCGCCCUUCGUUAUUGAGUUUGUGACCAACGUUUAAUUAAAAAGUUGAUAAGAAAUAGGUGCCAGUACUAAAUACUAGUGCACACCAUUGGGGGAGGGGGGGAGAACACUGAUACUCUUUUAAAUUUGAUCAGAAAGAUGUAUAUAAAUAGCUUAAAUAAAAUUAAUAGAUUCAUUAAUGGUGCAAUUCUUAUAUUGUACACGGCUAUUUUAUUUAAACAGGCUGGCCACACUCUGCUCCAAUCCUGUACCAGGCAGUAGGCUGAAUUCCCAGAACUUUUGUAGCAAGCUUUUUAGCUGCUGUUUUUAGAUGUCUGUGGUUAGCUGUGGUGGGAAGAUUUUCUAAGUGGGGAGAGGGAGUUCGAGGGGAACUUGCACACUUCAUAAAGGGCCCCCAACCUUUCCUCUCUUAACCUGGACCCUGAUUUAUCCCAGACAAACAUCAUGCCUGAGAGCAACAUUAUGGGAGAGGUGUUUCCAGGACUAAGGUGAAACUGUGAAGCUCCCUUGUUUAUUUUUGCUAUUGGCUGCUGCGUGUCGUUUACGUAACCUUGUUAUACUUAUAGUAUUGAAAUGUGAGUGGGUUUUUUUUUGCAUGCUAUUAUAUUUUUGCUUUGCUAUGUUAUUAUGUAGUUGUUUUGUAGUGUUUUUGUUAGAAAGACAUCCAUGUUUAUGUAUUGUAAGUUGCUUUGAUCACAAUUUUGUGUGUGUGUGGAAAAGAGGUGUACAAAUAAAAUGAAUGAAUGCCCCUUCCAAUUUCUAGAGGAGGUAGUCAUAGGAUCAUCAAAUGGUGGGGUUGGAAGGGAGCCCUAGGUUCAUCUAGUCCAACCCCCUGCAAUGCAGGAAUCCUGACUAAAGCAUUUGUAACAGAUGGCCACCCAGCCUCUCCUUAAAAACCUCCAAGGAAGGAGAGUCCACCACCUUUUGAGGGAGUCUGUUCCACCGUAGAAUAGCUCUUACCAUCAGAAAAUUCUUCCUGGGAAACUCAGCUGGAUGGGUGGGGUAUAAAUAAUAAAUUAUUAUUUAUUAUAGUUGGGAUCUCUUUUCUAGUAAUUUGAAUCCAUUAUAUGAGUCUGCUGCAGUAAGAACAAAGUCUUGUGGUACCUUGACGGCCAACAAAUUUAAUCUGGAAUACAUUUUCAUGGUAACAAGGACCACCUUUUAUAUCCCUGAUGCUUGCUAAUGGUUGUGAGUGAGCUGCUUAUAUUUUCUCUGUUGUCAAUAGGACUGGGGGAGAAACUUGCUCAGUUUGCCUUUUAAUGCAAACCUGCCUAACUCACACCAAUCAACAGACCAAAACACAAGCUGUCAUGCACAAUUCACAUUCCACUGAAUUUUGCAAUGCAGACAGAGACUGUGCAGAAAAAUGCAUAUAUUAAUGAAAAUAAGUGCACACAACAAUGUCUUGUAAACAACACAGCAACACUCCAAGGCUGCCCCAUCCAAAGGGAAGCUGGGCUGCCAUCUCUGGCAGUUUUCUCUGCCUCCGGAAAGUGGGAGGGCCACCAAGCAUAUAGUCACUGUGUGGCAAAGCAAAGCACAGCCAACCCAGCAGAGGUGUUGCAGCAGCUUAUCUUCUGACGCUUUGCAACGUGUCUGAACCUGGUUUUAAUAAUAUGGCAUUUAACUCCCUCCUUUUUCCCCUCCGCCUCUCAGGAUUCUGGCACGCUGCCUGUGUGUACUAUACAUACAAAGAAGGAAUUUCAACAUGAAGGCUUGAAAUGGAUCCAAGUCCUUGUAGCUUCCUGAGAAGAGACCGAGAAAUAACGAGUUGUGGGUUCUGUGAUUAUAGGCUAUCCUUACUUAAAAACAAAAACAACCUUUCCCAGCCAACUCCAUCCGAGUUCGCCUGUUCGUGUUGUCCUUUAGCUGCUAUAUUUUAGGCAGAAGGCUUCGCAAAAAUGCCCUGUCUUUCAGGAGAUCGUCAUACGGUUUGUGGUGCAGUGGCUGAACUGGGAGAUGAGGGUUCAAAUCCCUACUCAGCCAUGAAGCUCACCUUGCGCAAGUCGGUCUCUCAUAGCCUAUCUUCCCUUGCAGGGUCGUUGUGAGGAUAAAACGGGAGGAGGCCAAUGUACGCCACCUUGAGCUCAUCGGAGGAAAGGUGGGAUAUAAACGUGAUGGAUAAAUACAUAAAACUCUGGGAGCCAUCAGUACAGGCUGCAGCCGUAGUCCGCAUGGAAGAAGUUGAAGCAAAUUGUUUCAGAUGCAAGAACUGCAGUCGUAGUCAGGAGUCGCACUCUGUUAUAUUGGUGCUGAAUGCAGUGGAAAAUAGCUCUGCUGAGGCCAUUCCUUGCUAUGCAAAUAUGAACCGUAACAAAAUAAUAAUAAUUAAAGAUUCCCAGAAGUUUCUGCUCCUGUUUCAGUGGGACUCCUCCUAACAUUCAGGAAUUUGGAAAAGACAUGUGUCUGGAACAGCAAAGGGGGUUGGAAUUUCCCUUUGGAAACUUUCUCGUGGCAAGGAAAUGUAAAGAAAUAAUUACGGCAUCAGUAAUGCUGGCUUAUGUGGCAAGCCCUGAGCACCGGGAAGGAACAAUUGAUGAAUGGAGAGACACAUGGGCGCACAGGGAUCUCUUCAGAUGAAUAGGUUAGUUCAAGGCAAGAAGAGGAGAGUGCUUGGAAUGAAGUGGGCAGUUGUCACAUGGCAAAGAGACAUCAAAGAGCUGUCAGAGAUUGGGGGGUGGCAUUUUUCAAGUACGCAGAUCAGAUGUGAGUACCGGGUUGCUUUGACAAAUGGAAUCCAAUAACUACAAAAUGUGCUGCAGAUAUUCAUGUUCGCUCUCUCAGGAAUUACGGGGAAUCACAUGUCACACACCAAGGAGACUGUUCUUGACCUAGUUGGCAGUAGCUGGCGCGUCUGCCAUUGCCCUGCUUCUCCUCUGCAUGGUGGGCAAAAAUAGUUGGUGGUCCCAUGAUGCACCAGGGGAGUGUGGCUGUUUAGACCCGCACUGCAACGCAGACUGGGCUCAGGGCAUCACUCUUGCCUGUCUGCUGGCCCGGCAAGGGUAGCAAAUAUUUGCAAAUGUCUUUACUGGUAGCUAUGACCCUGCUGGUGGGAAGAAUGAAACUCCCCAUGUUCCUAGGUGGGAAUAUCCCAUCAAUUGCCUGGCUGGGUGAAGAAGUGGAUCCAGAGAUGGCUGUUGUCUGCAUUCUCUUCUUGUUUCCUGUACAGCUGCUGGUGGAAGCAAGAAUUCUGAACUAGAUGUGCCUUGGCCUUUGCCAGCAAGGCACUCCUCGCUGUUCUUACAUGCCACCUUUCAUUUCUCCCCUUUUCCCCCUCUUUCUGAUCCAGUCUCUGAAAUGCCACCUGUCCCUGCAAGAUUUCAUCUCCAGUCUGAGAUAGCUGGGCCUGUAGCUGUCAAGGACACAUCAUCCCGCUUCUGCUUCACAAUAAACACAGUUUGUGUAUAUGUUUGUGUACACACAGAUGUUUAAGACAUUUUCAUGUUGCCCGUCAGUAAAACUUCCAAGGCAGUUUACAACGAAGUAGUAAAACUCACAAGAAUAAGAACCAUACAACAGCAAUCAAAUCGAUAAAACAGCAGAAAGCAGCUCUUUGAAGUAACUGGUAACGUUCAGCAAAACAGGCAAGAUGAUUUAUUAUUAUUUUUAUCACUGCCAGCUAUCAGGAAUCAUUGGAAACCAACCUCCUUUCAAAAACAAGGGCUCCGUAAUCCUCCUCCUCUCAUGGCUGAAGAUGGAAGUCCUGAGAGACCCAUUUUCUCAAAAGCCCACACCCUCAUUUGGAGCCACAGAAGCCAUUCUCCAGCAGACAGAAAAGCUUUCUUGGUGUGAGCCCUGAAGCUUCAAAGCCUCUUUCCCCCCUUUCCAAACAUGACCAAAUAGCUGGCUAGAAUUAGGAUAAAAAUGAAAUCAUUUUCUCUAGAAACAAAUGUAAGUCAUUCAGCAGCAGCAACAUAUUUGAGCCAUUGCCGGAGAGGAAAUAGCCUGCUGCAAUUACCCUCCAGGGUAACUUGCAGUGUAUGAAAAGGGAGCCACAUCGUGUACACAAGGUGCCAAAACUGUGGCUGCUAUUACUAAUAAUUUAUAUAGCACUUGUUAAAACUUUACAUGAUGCUUUGCAGUCCUUAUUGUGUUUGCCGUCUCAAAAUCUUAUGGAGAAAGGUUGCAAUUUUGGUUCCCAUUUUACAGGUGAGAAACUGAAGACUCUGCUCAGUGACUGCAAAUGAAUGGUAAUCGAAUCCCUGAGUAACUCAGGGCCAAAGUAGGCAUGACCGUGAAAGUGUCUUUCUCUACGGGAUAGCUCAGUCAGUGGAGCAUGAGAUUCUUAAGCUUGAGGUUGUGGGUUCUUGCCACACGUUGGACAAGAUGACCCUCGUGGUCCCUUCCAAUUCUACAAUUUUAUUAUUUAACAUGUAGGGUGUUUUGUUUGUUUGUUUUCAAAUGCCAAGAGCAUCUACCUGCUGAAAGGCAGGAAAUGAUUAGGACUGCAGCAGCAGGAAGGGAGGAAUUAACAUUUUCUUGUUGUGGUCCCAAGGAAACUCACCCCUCUGAAGCUCGUAUUUGUUUUGGUGGGCAACCCUUCCUUGGCACCAAUGGAGGAUUACCUACCAAUGCAAUAACACCCUUUGAGUCAGGAUUUUCCUGAGGAUUCCAGCAAGGUUGGCUCACUUUCUUCUGAAGCGAGAUGCAUCGGCACUCUUACAAAGGUGGUUUUAGGGCAGCACAGCACACCUGCACUGAGCACUGACCUAAGAGGGCACCACAACAAUGACUUAAAAUGUCAUUGUAGGUGGGAGAGGCAGGGGGCACCAAGGAAAUUUGAAAGCCCAGAGUAUGCCAAAUUGGACUGUUUUGUUGAAAUUGAAUAUGCUACUACAGUGGAGAAAAUGAGUGCUAUAGAAAGAUGGGGGUGGGAAGCAGCUGGAGGAGGAAGAGAGGAUAGAACUGUGAGUAAAGGGGGUCUUUCCCCCAUCCUCUGGACCCCCUGGGAAACUCAGCAAAUCGGCUGUACUUGGAACUGAGUGUGGAAGGUGCAGCUGAAUGAGACACAGCUGAGGGCAGCCUGAGGAGGUACCUUGGGCCUGCCCAGGGCUUUUUUUUCUAGAAAAAGAGGUGCCGGAACCAAAGUUGCGCCCCACCACCUUAUGCCGCCAACCUCUGCCGCGCUGCUCCAACCACUAUGCUGCCCGCCUCCUCCACCUUGGAGCCCUGAGCGCUAUGCCAGGGAAUGGCACCGCAAUGCUCCAGAGGCGCCAGAACACACCAAAGAGGUGCCAGAACUCAUUUCUGGUGAGUUCUGGCUGAAAAAAGCCCUGGGUAUGCCCACGAAAAGCAAGUCUAGAGUGAAAAACUAGGGUGACAUCUGCUGUUUCCAGGAACCCUUCUCAUUGUGAGACUUUUGUGGGUGAGCUGAGAGUUUGUUUUUUGGCCUGAUUCUGGGUGAGAACUCGGAGGCUGAGAGGGAGGGUGCGUCAGAAGAAAAAUGAACGUGUAUAUAUAUAUAUAUAUAUAUAUAUGUAUCUAUAUGUAUGUAUAUAUAUAUAUAUAUAUGUAUAAUAUAUAUAUAUGUGUAUAUAUAUAUAUGUGUAUGUGUAUAUAUAUAUAUAUAUAUAUAUAUAUAUAUAUAUAUGUAUGUAUACAUGUAUAUAAGGUAACAUUUUUUAAUAUGACUGUGUAUUUUUGUAAUGUUUUGUUUAAGUUGUCUGUUGUUGCUUCAGUUUCUUCUACACCGCUUAGAGAUAUAUUUUAAUAUAUUAAGCGGUAUAGAAAUAAGCAAUUAAUAAAUCAUGACAUGGCGCCACCUGAGGCAGGGAGGCUGGCCACUGCUGUUGGAGUCUCUGUUUCACACCUGACACAGGAAAGGCAGAAAAGAAAACUUACGCACCACUGCUUCUCUCAGUGGUUGUGAUAUGCAAGGCCUGAGGUGGCCUUCAGGGCCUAAGCGAAGAGGCAGAGGAAGAUCUUCCAAAGGGAAACUCUGAAAUAAUCUCUGGCCGCCUGUCUCUUUUUGUGUGUGGCGGGGGUGGGGGUGGGGGUCUCUCUCUUGAAACAGACCCUUCCAAGGACCUACGUUCCUUGGCCUCACUUAAAAGAGUUCCCACAUCUGGGAGAGGAAAGGAAGAAAAGAAAGGAGGCUUUGUCUGUUUUUUGUGUUGUGGGCAUGUUUUUAGCAAACUUGAGUGAAUUGCAUGUUUUAAGAUGGAACUUUGUUUCAGAAAAAGGACAGCUGCACCUUUGAUAAAAGGGUGCAUUGACUAGACUAGAGGAUAGUCACAGUGCCUGUCCCGUGCUUUUUUAUCCCUCCCAUUUCCCUUUUUGUAGUAUUGGAGGAGCACCAGAGUGAUUCUGGAGCUAGGGAUAAGUCAAUCCCAGUUUCUCUGCAUUUCUAGUUUUUACCUUCUGAAGUUUGCUUCUUCACAUUUCCACAGCUCUUUGUGGGGUUUUUUAAAAGAAAAAAAACCAUCAUGAAAAUUCACCAGCAUUUUUGUGCCCAUUCUUCCUAAUGUGCACAUGCCGUAUGCAAUUUUGCCUAAUGCACACAAUUUCACAAAGUAUUUUCCCGUAAUGAGAUGCAUUUUUGUGUUAUUGUUGCAGAUAUAUGCAUUUUUAUGCAUACUUUACACUAGUAAGUGCAUUUUUUACUUGGCUGGAGAACAGCACCUCAGAAUUUGGAGAAGCAUGGAUUUCAAAGAAUGGUUGUGUUUCUGUUUGCAUAUUGUUUUGGAUACUGUGAAUUAGAAAGGUUUGCCUUUAAAUGUGAACUGAAUCAGAUUUCCUCCCUAUCCCUCACUAUAUAAAGCUCCAUCAUUUCCUCUUCUCCCUGCCCCCACUUUCCUGAGUGAGAUUUUUUGUUUCCUUGGGGGAAUGAAAGGUAAUAACAAGCCUAUUCAUAUUUCCUGAGUUUAUCAUACUCAGCUCCUGCUGUCCCUAAGUCUGUAUGAAGUUUCUUUUCUGGUCAAUUGUCCUUUCAAUUUAGAGAGUUGCUAUAGUGAGCUUCAUUCCCCUCAGAAGCCAGAAUGUUUGUGAAUAUUCCCUGACUUCUCAUACUGUCACUGCCCAUAGGUGCAUGCUAUAAAUGUAGAAUCUUACUGCCUCCCCUAGGAAUUGAGCAGAAGAUCAAGUUUUGUUUUUUUAAACUUUAACACAGAAUUAUGUCCAUUUUAUUGCUUCCUGUUUUAGCACUCAGAGUGAUUUGAUUUUGUGUACUGCUCAAAAUGGACGAGGCUUCUGUGCAAACUUAAAACAGCUUGCCACAUUGUUUUAUUAAUGCUCAAAAACCUUAUUCCAUUGCAAAAGAAAAUACCUACUACUUGAGUGAAAACAAAGGUUUCAUUCUGUUUGGCCAAGAAGCCUCUGGAAAAUUAAAUUGGAGGUCUCAUGUAAAUGAUUGAAUAUACCACAGAUUCGUCCCUCAGUUUAAACCCUAUGCUAAUGAGAUUGUAUGAGAUCACUGAUGAGAUUGGAACAAUACACCUCUAAUUAACACCUUAUUUGAGUGGAAUAGCAUCUCACAUUUCUAAGCUGUGCUUUUUAUAGACAUUUGAGAAAGGAGGGGGAAAUAUUUCAAAUAUUUGCUCAACCCAAAUGAACCUUUCUUCUACGAAACUCACAUGGAACAAGGCCAGUCUUAUUGUGUACAUUCCCUUCCUUUUAUAUUUAUAUUGCAUCAUGAUGUGUCAAAGUUUGUUGUGACUUAGCAAUAUCUUUAUUCCUUGUCACAACUGUAACAUUCUUACGGCAUUGCUGGACAUCUCAUUCCUUUUGUUCAUCCGCAAGCUAGGAGCAGCCUCAUUAAAGCAGCAACUUGCAAGCAAAUCCUCGAUGCCGAUGACUGCGACAUUUCAACAUGGCUUUCCGGUUUCUUUAGAACACAGUAGCUACAUGCACAACAUCUCAAUUCUGUAUAAUGUUUCUGUUUGUCAACCGCACCCUCCUGCUCCUCAGAUUUCUGCAUGUUCAUUCAGAGGUGCUCCUCCCUUCCUCUUUUCUUCAUACCAUCGCUGGCUGACAAAAACAAGCCCCGGUCACCAACGGCAGGGUCCAAUUGCUUAAUCUUACUCUUUUUUCCAGAAAGCAUUUUUUGUUGGGAUGCAUUUAUUAGCAGCACUGUAGGGAGCAGCAGAGAUCCUCAUCUUAAGAUUCUUCCUCCAUUCCCUGCUCCAUCCCCCUUAGGCCACAGGAAAUAUUCAUCUCAGAGCUGCCCCCUGCUUUGGGUUUGGACUGAUGUGGAACAGUGACGCAGUUUUACUCCAUGCUGUCCAUCAGGUUGCGAGCUCUUGUCUCAGGAAGGCAGCCCUGUAUAGGGAAGUUUUUAAUGUUUUAUGUUUUACUGGGCUUUUAAUUUGUUGGAAGCUGCCUUUUCCUGGACAACCCGAAGUCACUCUGCUUUUUUGUUCUUUUGGUCUUUGCUUUGGACAAACCACCACAAAUCGAACCCAGAUAAUCUGAUUUUUAAAAAAUGUUUGUCAGGAAUAGGGUGGCAAACAGUCCACUAGGGCUACUGAGGUACUGCCUUCCCAAUGAAAAUAUCAAGCAAUUUUAUUAUUAUUAUUAUUAUUAUUAUUAUUUUAUUUUAACAAACCUCGAAAUCUCACACUUUCCUAUGCCCCACACAUUUGUAUACUUCUCUUUGAAGUCAGAGAAGCUCUGCAGAUCUUUCUGUCAAUCUCCUGUUCUCCGGCCAGUCAGAGCUUUGCACCACCCAGUCAAUCCUAAUCCCCAAAGUCCCAAAGCGGUCCCUCCCAUGUGGGGAGAAUCAGAGGGUGUUUUGGGUAAGUUUGCCAACUGAUAAUAGAAGAAAAUGCCCUGCCCUGCUCUUGUGCCUUUAAUGAGAAGUUGAAUGCCAUAGGUGAAGCUAGGGACACAGUACUUUGACCAGCUCAUAUCUGCCACUCAUAUUGCUGUCAAAGGUUCAGGAAGAGGGCUUGGUCCAAAGAGUUGGCUUGGCUGCUGGAAUCCUUGCUUGUACAGAGCAAAAGCAUGUAAACCCAAGUGUGAUUCAUACCCUGUGAUUCAUGCACAUGAUUUCAAUGGGAAACAAGCAUAUUUCUUAUGCCACCUACAGCAGCUUGCAGAGGGACACGGGUGGCGCUGUGGGUUAAACCACAGAGCCUAGGACUUGCUGAUCAGAGGGUCAGCGGUUUGAAUCCCCACGACGGGGUGAACUCCCGUUGCUCGGUCCCUGCUCCUGCCAACCUAGCAGUUCGAAAGUACAUCAAAGUGCAAGUAGAUAAAUAGGUACCGCUCCGGGGGGAAGGUAAAUGGCGUUUCCGUGCGCUGCUCUGGUUCACCAGAAGCGGCUUAGUCAUGCUGACCACAUGACCCGGAAGCUGUAUGCUGGCUCCCUCGGCCAAGAAAGCGAGAUGAGCGCUGCAACCCCAGAGUCGGCCACGACUGGACCUAAUGGUCAGGGGUUCCUUUACAUUUUUACAGCAGCUUGCACAUGCUCAAGAGUACAGGGGUCUGCUUUCUGCAAAAGAGGAGCCUUGAAUAUGUGGAUAGCGAGGAGGAAGCCCCUGUAGCUCACAUCAGCUUUGCUGGAGAAAUAAGCCGAGCUACUUCCCACCGAACUGGGAAGCAGGGUGUCUGAUUUGCAGGCCAAAGCUUGGUUCGUCCCCCUGUAACACCCCAAAUCCUCUCCCUUUCACUCACAUGGCCCUAACCUGCUCUCUGGUCCCUAACCUGCUCUCUUUAAACCCCACUGACUGGCCAGACCAGCAGCUGCAGAACUACAACUGCAGAGAGAGUUAACUCCCUCCCCACUCCGGCAUGGGGCCAAAACCCCAGGUAGGUACCCGUGGGAGAUGCCAUUUCCCAAGGGCAUCCUUAGGAAAAUCAUAUUUUCCAGGGGUCCUUGGGACCUUUUGUCCUGGCACAAGGCUCUGGAGUUUUCCCUCCUUUGAUCUCCCCACAGCACCUCUGCCAGGGACUGGAGGCUGGGUGAGUGAAAGUGCCAUGGAUGAGGACUUCAUCAUCCGCAACUCACAUGUAAUGCUGGUGAAAUAAGUGCAUUGUUCCCUUCCUAGAAAUGAUCUCUGUGCGGGAAAACGGUUUUGUUUGUGGGAAACAGACCUCACGAGUAAUAUUCAGCCCCAGCCAGACACUCCUCAUUGCCUAAAGCCAGAGGAAGAGGAAUUACACAGUACAAACUGUUGCUAUAGCAACCACUACCACACCCACUGGCACAAUGUGAUUAAAUUAUGGGCUGGGCAUUCCUGUUUUCCACACAUAGGAAAACAACUGUCUGAAUACCAAUGACCCCCAACACAAUUGCUUGACUUGUUUUUACAACUCUGCAACAAUUAUUUCACACAAUUCCCCGUAUAGGUACCCCACUGUAUGUCUGUCUGUCCUAGAAACUUCUUCUGUGAUAGAUAUGUAUCUAGCUUAACAGUUUGCCCAGUUUAUAUAUUAGGGUUGCCCUUGAGCUGGUGCAGAGUGUCUAUCCCUCACAGCUAAGUAACCACUGCCAUCUCCCAAUUCCUUAAUUCCUGACACAUUGUGUUGUCUUCAGGGAAACGGGUCAUAGGUUAGUGGCAGAGCAUCUGAUUCGCAUGAAGAAGGUUAGAGAUUUUAUCCCUGGCAUCUCCAGGAAGUGGUCGGAGAGACCCUCCCCCAACUGAAACCCUAAAGACCCACUACACCCAGUGUAGACAAUACGGACAAUCAGCACCAAACUCUUUUUUUAAUGCUUCAUUGAGUGACCAUGCGUCUCUGCUUCCCCCCCCCCCAUCUCUUUUACUAAAAAAAGAAAGCAUUUUCCAGAUAUGUAUAUUUCCCCCCUGUUAACAUAGUAGUGGCUUGUGUACUAUCCAGUGAGAGAAGAAUGUCUCUAGGUACUUAUUGUAAACUUAUGUAAUUCCCCCCCCCCCCGCCUUUCCACUGAAGAAAUCAAAGUCCCCUUUGGGCUGGACAGAGAACAUCUUUCCAAUGUUCCCAGUGUUCUCCAGAAAGAGACUGCAUAAUUGGCAAUUAAGGCUUAAUAGCAUGAGCUUGAGAAAUCCCUGGUUCAAAUCUCCCCUCAGCCUCGGUCCACUCACCACCUGCUGUGUGAGGAUGCUCAUAUUGAUUAGUCUGUCACGGUGUCCCUUUGCGCCAGAAGCAGUUCAGUCAUGCUGGCCACAUGACCCGGAAAGCUGUCUGCGGACAAACGCCAACUCCCUCGGCCUAAAGCGAGAUGAGUGCUGCACCCCAUAGUCACCUUUGACUGGACUUAACCAUCCAGAGGUCCUUUAUCUUUUACCUGAUUGAUUAGCAUUGAUCAGUAAAACUAACUUGCUUUACGGUGUUGUUGUAAGGAUUACCAAGAUAAGACUAAGUUCCCUAUCCCUGGGCUAAACAUCCAUUCAAGUGACAUAACUGAGGCUGGCAAGACUUUCUUUGAGGAGCGCUUCUAGAUUAGGACACAGCACCUUGUGCAAAAGUGGAAAUCCCGCCACUUCUGUGACAUAAUUCAGAAUGAAUGAACAAAUUUGGAAAUAAUAAACCCAUGACGGAAAUGAGACAUUUGGUCAGGACCCUCAGAAAUUUGAGGCUUUGUUAAGACAGACAGAGAGAAAUGGGUAACGGGUGCUCACAUUUCACUUCUAAGCUUACAAUUUCACAUGAUGCAGGACCAAAAAUUCCUAUUGUGGCUCCAUCUGAUCUUCAUAUUUAUGUAACUGGCAUUUUUUGAGCAUUGGAAUGCCUCCCCCCCCCAAUGUAUAGGAGUCACACACACACACACACACACACACACACACACACACACACACAGCAACUCCAUGAUAUUCUCCCCCCGGCUUUUUCUUUUCUUUUAGAAAACUAUCUCUCUCACGCUCGCUGUUGUUCUUUCUCAUUCAUUUGAAUGAACUCUGGAGUCUACUUUACUAAGAGUAGACAAGACACAGCUGCUAGGGGACCCACAAGACUUUGGAUCUUUGUGGCAGAACACAAGGCUGAGUAUCUUUUGCGCAUCUGUUGCCAUUGCAAUGAAUGGCGGCCACGCCGUAAGGCUUGGGGAGGAGGAAUUGUGACAAACACCCCUCUUUGGAUAAUAAGCUCUGAUUCCAGAGCUUUCUAAUACCCAGUAUUAAGUCAUUUCCUAUUUUUAAAAUCUCCGGAGGGGUUUGAUGCCUUUCAUAGUAGGGGAUUUGUGAAAGCCAAUCACGUCUCCCCAUCAAAUGUAGUUACCAGCUAAAAAUGCGCAUCCCACGUAUACUGCUGCUAAGGAAGGGUUAAAGAGCUAAAUAAAGGUUACAAUCUGAGUGGAAUUACUUAGGGCUCAAGCAAAAAGACAAAACAAAAAAACACUGUCAUUUGAGUCUGUCUCCAGCUUUGAGAGGUCUAGCAGUCUUGGUGCUAUUGCCCUGGGAAGGAUACUUCCUUUGCAGAAGCCAAAGAGUGAAAAGGACCAUCUCCUGGGAAUUUUUUUAACUCAAGUGGGCAAAAAAGAGAAGCUGUAGGGUUGGAUGUAACCAGCGCCUCAUCGGAUAAGCUGCCUGGGUAUGGCUGAUUCUCUCUCUCUCUGCAUUUCUCUGUGCCUUGUCCUGUCUUGGUGUUCCUGUUUGUGAUGAAGUCCCCCAUCUCUUUGCAGGGCUGCUACCAAGGACUCAUCAUUGAAGCACCACUGGAAGAAACCUCCUGUGCCCCCCGUGAGGAGCUAUGAAGAGCUGUGCCAUCUUUGAGAGUCACAGGUGGGGUGUUGCCCUUUGAACUGGGAGGGCAGGGCUGCCGAUUCAGCACAUCUCAUCUCUACCCGGGAAGACCACUUGGGUCCUGCUUGUGGGCUUGCCAUGGGGCAUCUGUUUGGCCAUUGUGAGAAUGGGAUCCUGGAACAGAUGGGCUCUUGGCCUGAUCCUGCAUGGCUCUCCUUGCGUUAUGACUAACAUUGACUCGGUGUCAUUAAGUAUCACUCAUUGAGACUUGACCUGAAUAGGCAUAUGUAGCAUCACGGUAAUGCGAACAGUGCAAAGAGGCAGUACUGAAAUGCUGAACUUUAUUUCAGCAUUACUUUCCCUCAUAUAGUUGACUACCCCCAGGGCAACUUUUUAUCUGCCUCAAUUGAUAGUGAGUACAGGAAGAUCCUACCAGCAUUUUUAGGAAUCAAGUGUUUGAAUCAUCAUGCAUAAGGGAUGCUGAGCCUAACUUAACCAUGACCUUAAAUAUAUAUGCUUGGAUACCAAAUGUUAAUACAGCAGUUGCCUGCCUGUCCUCCCUCCCACCCUCCAAAAUAAGAUAUAUCCCUUGUAGAUAUGCUUAUCUAUGGAAAAGGGAUGAAUGGCGCAUUGUUUUCAUAUUUGAAAUCAUCAUGCUAAUAUGUCAAGGGAUCACCUUAGAUAGUGGAAAGUGGCAGAAGAUGAAACUAGGAAGAGAAUUGGGAGCAGCAAGAUAUGGGCACAAUGAAGAAUAAGGGAUUUGGGCUUUGUCUCUCAAAACAAGUAUAUUGUGAAAGCCCAAUUCUAGGUGGAUGGACACAGCAAAAGCAGGGAGAUGAUGCAGCAGGCAUUUUCAAGAUAAUUGGUUUGAUUAUAUAAAAAUUCUAGGGUGGUAUCACAAAUAUUCCAUAGUCACAGAGGGAGGAGAAGGGGGUAAAAUGCACUCAGAGAAAAAAGAAUUCCAAAUGUUUUUGUUUGUUCCUUUUAAAAAUAAAAAAUUAAAAGGAGGAAAGAUUCUUUUACCCUUCCAGUGGUAGGAGAUUUUCAAAAACUGGAGCAAAUGGGAUUCCACCCCUCAGAAAGAAUUAUAAGUAAGGAGUGCCACCUGCUGUUGGGAUAAAUAACUGCCACUGUUUGCUUUGUAUUCCUUUUCCUAGAUAUGAGUUUUAUAAGUCUUGGCAGAGUUCAAAUCAAAGUGCAGAAAAAUGUAGUGCAGUUCCCCAUCUGGUUGGCCACUGUGAGGACUGAACGCUAUUCUAGAUGGGCUUUUGGUCUGAUCCAACAGGCAUUUUCCUGUGUUCUCCCAUAGCACUAGGUCCAGGGUCCACUGGAAAUGUAGAGGCUUUGUGCAUUUGAGAGUUUGUUUAUGCAACAGCCUACACAUUCAGGUCAUUCUGCUGAGGGUGCUUUCAAGUGUUAGAUAAGUGUGGACAAGGAGGAUCUGUGCAUAUGUGGGUAAGAGACAGGAAAACCAUCAAAGCAAAUAGAAUACUAAACCCCCGUGUCUAUAUUAUCUAGAGUUAAAGUAGCCUCAAGAGAACUAGUUCAGGGUUAGGGUAAAAUUUCAGACUCUGUGAAUCCCUCAGCCCUACUCUAGUGGUGCGGCUGCAGUGCCAGAAACCAAUAAGCUGCUCUGAUUCCCCAGGGGGACAUUAAAUUAAUCAGUCCUCCACUGAGUACACCAAUUUUAAAAACACUCCCUACUCCAGUUAGAUAGUUAUGUAAGGGAUGAUGCCUACCUCAAGGACUUCCUAAUCCUGCGUAAUCCAACAAAAACUAAAUUGCACACCUGGCAAUUUGUGCAGCUGUGUGCUCUCUGGUCCCCGUGCUCUCGCUCCAAGCCUCAUGUUAGAAAUUUUGAAUUAAAAUGAAAUGCUAUCAGAAAGUUUAAAGUAGCAACAGUGCCAAAUUUCCAGUCCUUGGAAUGUGGUCAUUCUCUCUCUCUCUCUCCCCACCCCCCACCCCCCGCCAUUCACAUGACCCGGAUCUAAGGUAGCCAGCUGCAAAAGAAGAGAAGCCUCCUGCACUUACUUUUAAAAAUUGUGUAGAACAAAAGGGGAUUUCGGCUCUUCAGCACAGCUCUGGGCAGAGUCCUGUCUUCUCUUGCACCUGAACCCCCUAGGGGUGUCUGAUCAGAGCACCUGAACACUUGAAUGGUAGAAGUGUGGAUGGGGACAGGUGUGCAAACCUCACCUCCAAUGUCCUUGCACACAGUGCACCUCCCUUAGUCCUAGAGAAGGUCUGCAUGGGGUUUCAACUCACUUUUGCUGAAAUGUAAGUAGACACCUCCGUGUGAUCGUGGACCCUGUUUCACCCUGACCACGGGGAGAGCUCUACUUGCAGAAGCCCCCUGCAGCCUUUCUCCAUACAACAGAUGGGGGACUACCCCUCCAUACACAUUUUCAGCAUUUGCAUAUUCAGGCAUAUGACUGAAGAGAUGUAGAUAAAUUUGCAUCACGUAUGAAACAAUAACAAUAUGAAAAAUCAUUUUGUCUUUACUGACCACUCGCACCCCUUGCCUAUCUUGGUAAGGCUGAAGUUGUGGAGAAGCAUCAGUGGCUGCCCCAGAUUUUGUGCCAUGGGCCUUUUACACCUGAGCUGAGGCCCACCAACUCAUUCUGAACUGUUGCCAGUUUAAUCGCCACUGGUCAUGAAUGACUCCAGCUCUGUUUUCCCUGAAAGAUUUCCUCCUGCAGUGAAUGGAGGUCACCUCUUAUGCUUAAUCCCAGCCUGCAAUACCAAUCUUUCUCUCCGUAAUCUCCCGGAACAGCUGUGCUGUGAUUGCAUUGUGGAUUAUAAAAUGCCCAUUUCCUGCAAAACAGCUGCUGACUGGAUGGGCAGCAUUUAAUAAUCACUGAGGAGUCUGAAGGGAGGGGGCGUCUGAGAUUUUUUUGGAGGGUGGGUGGGUAAAGGGAGGAGGAAGAGGUGUAAGGGGGUCAGGAUGAGUUUGACAUCUGCAAACCUAGCUGGAAGAUGUGCGGAAUUCAAGGCAAUCCCAGAACCUGACAUUCAGUGCAGCUUGCACAUUAAACUGCAGCAACUGGAAAAGCCUUCAGAAAGGUAAUUGUCUCUGUCAUACUUUGCAAGGUGCUAUAAUUAUUGCAACCCACUCUAGAAACUUAGAGUGAAGGAUGGGUAAGAAAUAUAAUGUUGAUGAUGCUUUGGUAUGUUAUAAAACUGUUGCAGUGGAGAGAAGGCAGUCUGCAAGUGAGGGAAGUAAUCUAGAGUGGCCAUGUGCCCUACUUUAUCCAAGGCACCCUCUAUUUGAAGCGUUCUCAGGGGCCAGGCCUUUAUUUGAAUGAAGCACAUGACUAGGCAUACAGAUCCCACCCAGUGACAGUCUUCCCCACAAUGGUGAGAUGUGUUUACUAUCGAAAUUAAAGCAAUUAUUUCUAAAUUCUGCAUACAUACUUAUAAUUUAGCACAGGCAGAUUUUAAUGCAAACCGGGGUCUCUUUUGUUCUCUUGUUCAGUAAUGUGUAAGUAGCAACCCUCAAGUCAGAGGGGUUUCCUUCCUACCUCCACAUAGAUUGUGAUUGGCUUCUGGUUCUCAGUUGGACUCUGCUGGCUCUAAAGUCUCUCUCUCUCUCUCUCUCUCUCUCUCUCUCUCUCUCUCUCUCUCUCUCUCAGUGUGUGUGCAUUUGCGUGCGUGUGUGCAGAAUUCCUGUACAAAAAUGCAUGAGCAAUGUUGGGUGGGAAUGCAAAAACACGUGGCUGCCUCAGAAAAGAUCAGGGAGCAGGAAGGGUAGAUAAUGCUCACAGGUUUUUCAGAUGCCUUGGAUUCUAAAAUAAGUUAACUCAAUGGAGUUCGCAGAACUCAGGAUGGUACAGAAAUUUGGUUCAGUUCACUAUGUGAUCCCACCUACUUUGCAAUUCCUGAAACAAUCAAGAAACCAAAAUGCGGCUUCCUUUUGAAAUCCACACUUCUGUGAAUGUUGCAGUGCAGUUUUCCAGCAACAAACACACAGACAAAUGUAUGUAUUAGGGGGAAAAUUGGAUACAAAUGCAUCCCUUGAUGAAAGCAACAAGUAAAACUGCAUUGAAUUAGAAAAUAGUGCUGACAAAAUGUAUUUAUUAGAUAUGCACACUAAUAUGCUGACAAUUUUUCUUGAGGGUUUUUUUAAAAAAUCAUAAACUGAUGCAUAAAGGUGGCAACCAGACUUUAGGGUGAAGGGCUGAAAAGUUAACGAAUACUGAAAACCUGUAGAAUGAGUAUGUACCUUGGGCGGAGGUGGCUCUGCCUGUUGUGGUGUGAUCUGAAAUGGUCCUGCUUGGUUCAGAUGUUGCAAAUUGUGUUCAGCAAAGGUAAUGCGGUGGGGAGCCUGCUCCAAGUGCAUGCAUGGGCUUUGCCUGUCUGCUCAAAACCUGAUGGUGCAAUUGAAAGAAUGGAAUGUUAAUUGCAUGAAGAGACCAUCCCUGUUAUCAUACAGAACAAGGAAGUUUAUUAUCCAUUUAGAUAGGGCAAGAAGGUGUGAACUGUACAGUGGUACCUCGGGUUAAGAACUUAAUUCGUUCUGGAGGUCUGUUCUUAACCUGAGGUACCACUUUAGCUAAUGGGGCCUCCCGCUGCCGCUGCACGAUUUUUGUUCCCAUCCUGAAGCAAAGUUCUUAACCCAAGGUACUAUUUCUGGGUUAGCAGAGUCUGUAACCUGAAGUGUCUGUAACCCGAGGUACCACUGUAUAAGUGUCGCUGUUGGUGCAGGCUUGAGAUGGGGUGGUCCAGUGCCAAGUCCAAGAUAGUUACUUACACACACAUAGCGUGUGCCUGGCCUCGAUCUGGCUGCUCUUAGUGGUGCUUUGUUCCUCAGGGCCCUUGCUUCCUCUCACUGUGCACCUGGCCCCAGCCGUCUCUGCUGCACCUUCACCCAGUGGGUCACUCCAUCCUCUGCUCUCCAAUGCCCUACAUCACCCCCUUAGUCUUCACAAUACUCCUCCUCUUUGUGCCUGCCCUGUAGAGUGUUGUGUUGACCCUUGAGGCUUGCCUCUCCUUUCCUUAAAUAGGGCACUACAAUUAGGGCAGGUUCCAAUCUGAAUCGGCUACAGGGGCAGCGACAGCCCCGUCUUAGCCUGGCCAGGCAAGGCUGUGAGCCUUUCCUCAGGAAUCUCUCCACCUUCUCUCCAGGCUGCUGACUACAUGAACACAGCCACUCACUUCCUCAUCUAGGCAAACAGCAUUGUUUUUCCCUCCUUGCCCGCCUAUGAGCUCAAGUUGACAGCGGCAGUGCAGGGAGGGGGCGUUUGGACUCCCUUCUUGCUUGGAUCAGGCCCCUCGGGUCCCCUGCUCACUCCCCAGUCCCUGCUGCUGCCGCUGCCGCCCUCUUCCAGGUCUCCCAUAUCCGCCUCAUCCUGGCACCUCGGCAUAGGGCACUCUUCACCCUUGCAGUCACUUCCCCCCAAGCAAGCCUCUCCCGGGUGAUGUUUGCCCUCAGUGCUAGUCUCUUCCCCUCCCCUGAAGUGUCCCCCCGUCCCCUGCCUUUGCUGGCACCCUCUUCCAUGCCUUCUGUGUAUGCCAAAUCAUGGGGCCCAGUGAAAAAAAGACAGUCAUGGAACCAAGAAAUUACACAAAACAAAAGAAUUGCCGUGAAAAUCCCUGAAACGAGAAGUAAUCGACUAUAGAAUUGAAUUAAAUAACAAAAAUCAAAAAAAAUUAAGGAAAAGUUAACCUAGAAUUAAACAAAGACUUUACGAGAUGCCGGCCACAAAGCUCGUUUCACUGAACUAAUCAGUUUCCUCAGAAGGAAAUAAAGAAAUCAUAAACCUUAAAUGAUUUUAAGUGAUAUCAAACAAACUCAAGAGCAGGGCUGAAACGCUUCCUCAGGUUUACAAAAAAGGUAUGAAAACCUCAAUGACAAGUUUUAAACAUAGCCCUAUUUAAGAGAAUCAAGCAGUAGUGAUAAGAAAUUGAGGUUUUAAGUUUCAAACAAACUCAAAAACAGGGCAGACACUCAAAAACAGGGCUGAAGUGCUCCUGACUUUAACAUCACGGCAAUUCUUUUGUUUUGUGUAAAAUCAUGGGGCCCAGGCUGGUCCAUGACAAUAUGUAGCUAAAAAGAGAGAGGCUUCUUUAUUGUUUACAUUUAUUGGUAUGUCUGUUGCACUUGAAGGCAGCGUAUUUCUGGGCCCUCGGCUUUCCACCCAUGUAUGUCAGCAAUGGGAGCAUGUAGUCCUGUAGAUGUUGCUGGACUCCCAUCAGCCGUGGCCAACAUGGCCGAUGCUCAGGGACAACAUGAGGUGUAGCCCAACAAUUUAUGGUAGACUAUAGAUUCCCCAGGUCUUCUGGUACAUGUGACAGGUCUUCUUCCAGGAAUGCUCUCCUUUAUAUUGUACUGUCCAUUAUAUUGCUGAAUGCAGUUUACAAUUCCUGAAGCAUCACAGCUGAAAUGUUUCCCCCUGAUAUUGCUUUAUUUCCUUAUGAUUCAUAAAUCCCUGGAAUUGAGGGAACUAUCUUGCUUGCCUCUUGCAGAUGAAGCUUUUGAAGAUCCUCCCUUGGCGUCGGGCUGUUCUGGCAGUGGUCCUGAACCUGCUGGCUCUCAGCCUUUCCACCACAGCCCUGCUGGGCAGUUAUUGGUGUGUGGGGACACAGAAAGUCCCCAAGCCUUUGUGCGGGAAGACUAAGAACACCAAGUGCAUUGGUGUCCCCAUGCCUCCUGACGGAGGGGCCAGCAAUUCCUCUGCACCCUCCCAAGAUGUGGUGCACUAUAGCUGGGAGACCGGGGACGAUCGCUUUGCCUUCCGGUAUUUCCACACAGGCAUGUGGCUUUCCUGCGAGGAGAACAUCGAAGGCUCAGGUAAUCUCUCUAGUCUGCCUCUUCAUUCAUUCACUUCCAUGUACUGCCUUUCUGCCGAAGCACUUAAGGAGAUUGACAUUUUAUCAUAACACAAGAGACAUAACACAAAAGGUACUGACUCUUUCAUACUGUUGCAUAAUGAAGUUACAUAACGACCAGGUAGGAUGGCUCUGGGAGAAAUUGUUCUGGAAACGGAGGAGCCAAAUGGCAAUUUAUCCCAGCCAAGCCAAUAGAGAAGGAAUUUCUGCCUUUGCUUUCCCACUGAGGCAGUCAGUCAAAGGGUGAAGCUGGGAAUGAGGACUUCUUCCUUUCAUAUUAUUGCACACCACCUCAGUCUCCAGGAAAUGAGUAUGGCUGCCAGCUUUUCAGUGCAGCAGGGGUGGGCUGACCUCUGACCUUCCAGAUGUUGUUGGACUUCAACUCCCAUCAGCCCCAGCCAGCAUGGCCAAUGGUCAGGGAUGUUGGGAAAUGCAGUUCAACAACAUAUAGAGAACCACAGGUUAGCCACUGCAGCAAUAAAGGUCUGCAUGGAAACUUGCACCAAACUCGAUUUAGGAACUAUAGCAUUAUACCAGAAAAAAACAUUUCUUCUCAAAAUUAACUAUGAAGAUAGGGGAAUCUGUUGCAUUGUGCUGACUGUGGGAUCUGAAUGUUUCCUGCUCAGUUCAUCAAUCCUUUUCUUAUAGUAAGAAGAGGGCCAAUUUAAUAUGGUUUUAGUUCAAUUCCCAUUUUUGUCAUCCAGCUAACAUGGGACCCAAACAGCUACCUCUAGAGCACUUUGCUUUCCUCCCUCAUUGUGAGGUUUUUGUGACAUCCUGGGAGGAGAACCAGCCCCAUAAAAUCCCGAUGUCAAAUAAUCAUGCUCUUCAGGAAGCAAGCUCUACUGAAAUAAACAUUUUACACUCCCAUAAUGCAUUCAGGAACAAGGUAUGAGUAAGCAGGGUCAAUUUUAUUCAAUUGCCCAUGAAGUAGUACACAGAGUCUCAAUGAAAUGCGCAGCUGUCACAGAAUGGGGAGGCAUUCUGAACACCAAAAAGCUGGGUAAAAUGAUACAAAGGGACCUGGAGAGAUUAGCUUUGCAGGCAGCGGGGGUGGGGAAGAAAACCUACAAGAUAGUGUUCAGCUGGAGAGGACAAAAUAACUUUCAAAAGGCAAACCUAUAUCUGGGGAAUAUAAUCUGCAGAACCAGAAGCCUGAGAACCAAUAUAGUUAAGAAGGACUUUGCAGCAAAGGACGCACAGAUUGGACACUUGUUUAUAGCCUGAUAUAAAACCACAGAUAGACUUGGCAAUUGUUGACACUACAUAUGCAAGGCUACCACUUGGCCAUUUUAAAUCCAUCUUAAUCCCUUAAUUUUUUACUUCCUGGAAUUUGCUUUAGUAGAAAUGAGAAUUCUUAAAUUUACUCACAUUUAAAAGAACUAACUGACCGAUGCCCAGAUUUGCUUUUGGUGUUAGUUUGUUUCUGUGUUUUUCCCAAUGUAUUGAACAGGUGAUGCAUGUUGUGAACAUAAUAACAUACCCUCCAACAUUUCUCCAAUGAAAACAGGGACAUCCCGUUUAAUAAUAAUAAUAAUAAAAUAAAUAAAUAAAUAAAUAAUUUUAUUGAUACCCUGCCCAUCUGACUGGGUUACCCCAGCCACUCUGGGUGGCUUCCAACGUAUAUAAAAACAUAAUCAAACAUUAAACAUUUAAAAAACUUCAGCUGCCUUCUGAAGGUUAUAUAGUUACUUAUCUCCAUAACUCCAUACCCUCCAACAUUUCUCCAAUGAAAUUAGGGAUGUCCUAAGGAAAAUUGGGAAAUUCCAGGGUUAAAUCAGAACCCAGGAUGGCUUCUGUAAAUCCAGGACUGUCCCUGGAAAAUAGGGACACAUGGAGGACCUAUAAGAACAGUUCCACAGAAUCGGGCCAAAGGCCUAUCUUAUCCUGAAUUCUGUUUUUACAGUAAUGCCUUAUCUUCAGAAGAUUCACCUUGAGAAGAAGACUGCAAUCCUGUGCACACUUAAUGAAAUGAAUCUAUAGAUCUUAGACUUAUUCCUAAACAAACAUACAUAAGAUUGGACUGUACUGCACAUAUCUCAGAUGACAUCCAGUGAACUACCAUGGAUCUAAGCCCUAGUUCUCGAGGCUACUCUGGCCCCUAGAAUAGGCUCAAGACUUGAACAAAUUCAGCCAGCAGCAAAAAGAACAAAAAUUAAUGUGAACAUAUAGGGGUGGGUGGACAUUUGAAUGGAGAGAGAGAGAUUUUGAAUGAAAAGUUAAUUGAUUGCAAGGAUCAACUAGGGAAGUAGAGCUCUCUCUCUCUCUCUCUCUCUCUCUCUCUCUCGCUCUCUGUGUGUGUGUGUGUAUUUGUGAGUAUGUGGGGGAUGGACAAUCAGUCAUGAAUCCUCCAAGGAUUGACCAAGGGUGAAUGUGGCCCUCAAGCAAAAAUAAACAAAACCAUUAGCCACAGCCACAUCCAAGCCUGGCGUACAUUCUGAUCAGUAUUCUAAACUGGAGAUGGUUCUUGCAUUUCAAAUGGAUAUUAUUCCCCUCUCCUGCCUACCUCACAGCAUAGGGCUGAGAAUUGGAGAGACAGCCAAUGGCAGCCAUCCGUUUACUCUUAGAACAUAGAAGAACAUAGCCCAGAAGCAAUCAAAAACAUUGAACAAUGUCAACACUAUAAUCUAGAUUUAAGAGCUGACUUCUCCUUCCUGCAGCUCCUGGGAUAAUUUUACCAUUCUGUUUUCUUUCAGAUGAGAAAUGUCGCAGUUUCAUUGAGCUUUCACCUCCAGCAGAGAGAGGUAGGAAUAAGUCCCACCCCAGACUGGUUUGGACCAGUGCAACGUUUAGAAUGGGCAUGAUCCCAUGAUCAAGAACAGCUGUAUCUGGAUAUUUGCCAUUUGUUACUUUUUUGGAAAAGCACUUCUGUCUCAUGACAUGCUUCUGAUUUAUGACUUUUGAUGCGGAGACUUCUGGCUUCUUUUUCCGGUUUCUCAUUUCUCCAGUUUUAACAAAAGUGCCCGUAAAAAUAACAUGGAUUUAUUUGGGUUUGGUAACUAAAACAGCAAUGAAAACAUGGUUAAGCAACAUGUUUGAACAUCUGAGAAAGCCUGAGUAAAUGCUUAGCGUCUAGCAUUGAGCAGUCUAAAAUUAUUAUUAUUAUUAUUAUUAUUAUUAUUAUUAGGCAUGGGUCAAAAGUUAAUUGAAUUUAAAUCCCACUGAAAUCCACAACACAGUUAAUCAUGACUAAGAUUCCAUUGAAUUUAAUGAGAACCAAAUUCAGACAGGUGUUUUUUUUCUGGAUGCAACCUACUAUAAGUUGAAACCUGCCAAAAAUCCCAGAGUUCUUUAUUAAGCAGAUGGAUGUUGGUCAUUCUCUGAUCAGCAGGCCUCUGUGAUAUUUAUUUGAACUUAUUUUCAGUACUAUUAGGAUUCAUAUAACCAUAUUGCUAAUACAGGCCUUCCCUUCCAUGCCUACCCAAAGGCUCAAACAAGCUUCAUGUAGCUUAAAAGGUAUGGCAAUUAGCUGAUAGAAAUGGUGCACUACUCUAACUCCUCCAUGUUUAAGGUCCUCAGGCCUGGUGUGCUCCCUUCUCUUCAAGCCUCUGUACUCCUAAUUUCAUCUUAUAAUUUGGCUUUCGCUCCUCCUGACUAGGUUUCCAGAUCCUGCUCUUUCCAAUUACCUGUGUUGUUGGUCUGGGUGCCAUCUAAUGGCUUGUGUGGAUUUCCAUUCCAGGGCUGCUAUUUUUGAGCCAUUGGUCUUUCAUUAGAGUGUUGUGAAUGUCUGGCUGCUAAAUAAACAGAGCAGGCCUGUGCACAGGAUCCCUGGGUUUCCUACUGGGUCCCUGGGUGUAGAUGAUGAUGAUGAUGAUUUAUUUAUACCCCGCCCAUUUGGCUGCGUUUCCCCAGUCACUCUGGGUGGCUUUCAACAGAAUUUUAAAAUACAAUAGUCUAUCAAACAUUAAAAGCUUCCCUAAACAGGGCUGCCUUCAGAUGUCUUCUAAAUGUCUGGUAGUUGUUUUUCUCUUUGACAUCUAGUGGGAGGGCGUUCCAUAGGGCGAGUGCCACUACCGAGAAGGCCCUGUGCCUGGUUCCCUGUAACUUGGCUUCUCGCAGUAAGGGAACCGCCAGAAGGCCCUCAGCACUGGACCUCAGUGUCCAGGCAGAACGAUGGGGGUAGAGACGCUCCUUCAGGUAUAUUGGACCAAGGCCAUUUAGGGCUUUAAAGGUCAGCACCAACACUUUGAAUUGUGAUCGGAAACUUACUGGGAGCCAAUGUAGGUCUUUCAAGACCAGUGUUAUGUGGUCUCGGUGGCCGCUCCUGGUCACCAGUCUAGCUGCCACAUUCUGGAUUAGUUGUAGUUUCCGGGUCACCUUCACAACUUCAGGCAAUACCAAUGAGACGGAAACAUGGAAGGUGCCUAAAGAAGCCAGGGUGGCUAUCUAAAGAACUUUUAACUGAGUUAAGAUUAAAAAAGGAUGUGUACAAAAAAUGGAAAAGGGGGAAACCACCAAAGAGGAAUUCAAACAAAUAGCCAGCACGUGUAGACACAAAGUCAGAAAAGCUAAAGCACAGAAUGAACUCAGGCUUGCUAGAGAGGUUAAAAGCAACAAAAAGGCUUUUAUGGGUAUGUUCGUAGCAAAAGGAAGAACAAAGAAACAGUGGGGUCACUCAGAGGAGAAGAUGGUGAAAUGCAAACAGGGGACACAGAAAGGGCUGAACUCCUCAAUGCCUUCUUUGCCUCAGUCUUCUCCGAUAAAGAAAACAAUGCCCGACCUGAAGAAUUUGGAGCAAAUGAUUCAGCAAAGGAAACACAGCCCAGAAUAACUAAGGAGAUAGUACAAGAAUACUUGGCUAGUUUAGAUGUAUUCAAGUCUCCAGGGCCAGAUGAACUGCAUCCAAGAGUAUUAAAAGAACUGGCAGAUGUGAUCUCAGAACCACUGGCAGUCAUCUUUGAGAAUUCCUGGAGAACAGGCGAAGUCCCGGCAGACUGGAGGAGGGCAAAUGUUGUCCCUAUUUUCAAAAAGGGAAAAGAGAGGACCCAAAUAAUUACCGCCCAGUCAGUCUGACAUCAAUACCAGGGAAGAUUCUGGAGCAGAUCAUUAAGCAAACAGUCUGUGAGCACCUAGAAAGGAAUGCUGUGAUCACCAAUAGUCAGCAUGGAUUUCUGAAAAAUAAGUCAUGUCAGACUAACCUGAUCUCAUUUUUGACAGAAUUACAAGCCUGGUAGAUGAAGGGAACACAGUGGAUGUAGCCUACCUUGAUUUCAGCAAGGCAUUUGACAAGGUGCCCCAUGAUAUUCUUGUAAAGAAGCUGGUAAAAUGCAGUCUUGACUAUGCUACCACUCAGUGGAUUUGUAACUGGCUGACUGACCGAACCCAAAGGGUGCUCAUCAAUGGUUCCUCUUCAUCCUGGAGAAGAGUGACUAGUGGGGUGCCACAGGGUUCUGUCUUGGGCCCGGUCUUAUUCAACAUCUUUAUCAACGACUUGGAUGAUGGACUCAAGGGCAUCCUGAUCAAAUUUGCAGAUGACACCAAACUGGGAGGGGUGGCUAACACCCCAGAGGACAGGAUCACACUUCAAAACGACCUUGACAGAUUAGAGAACUGGGCAAAAACAAACAAUAUGAAUUUUAACAGGGAGAAAUGUAAAGUAUUGCACUUGGGCAAAAAAAUGAGAGGCACAAAUACAAGAUGGGUGACACCUGGCUUGAGAGCAGUACAUGUGAAAAGGAUCUAGGAGUCUUGGUUGACCACAAACUUGACAUGAGCCAACAGUGUGACGCGGCAGCUAAAAAAGCCAAUGCAAUUCUGGGCUGCAUCAAUAGGAGUAUAGCAUCUAGUUCAAGGGAAGUAAUAGUGCCAUUGUAUUCUGCUCUGGUCAGACCUCACCUGGAGUACUGUGUCCAGUUCUGGGCACCACAGUUCAAGAAGGACACUGACAAACUGGAACGUGUCCAGAGGAGGGCAACCAAAAUGGUCAAAGGCCUGGAAACGAUGCCUUAUGAGGAACGGCUAAGGGAGCUGGGCAUGUUUAGCCUGGAGAAGAGGAGGUUAAGGGGUGAUAUGAUAGCCAUGUUCAAAUAUAUAAAAGGAUGUCACAUAGAGGAGGGAGAAAGGUUGUUUUCUGCUGCUCCAGAGAAGCGGACACGGAGCAAUGGAUCCAAACUACAAGAAAGAAGAUUCCACCUAAACAUUAGGAAGAACUUCCUGACAGUAAGAGCUGUUUGACAGUGGAAUUUGCUGCCAAGGAGUGUGGUGGAGUCUCCUUCUUUGGAGGUCUUUAAGCAGAGGCUUGACAACCAUAUGUCAGGAGUGCUCUGAUGGUGUUUCCUGCUUGGCAGGGGGUUGGACUCGAUGGCCCUUGUGGUCUCUUCCAACUCUAUGAUUCUAUGAUUCUAUGAUUCAAACUUAGCCCCACAUAGAGUGCAUUGCAGUAGUCCAAGCAGGAGAUAACUAGAGCAUGCACCACUCUGGCGAGACAGUCUGCAGGCAGGUAGGGUCUCAGCCUGCGUACCAGAUGGAGCUGAUAAGCAGCUGCCCUGGACACAGAAUUGACCUGCACCUCCAUGGACAGCUGUGAGUCCAAAAUGACUCCCAGGCUGCGCACCUGGUCCUUCAGGGGAACAGUUACCUCAUUCAGGACAAGGGAGUCCUCCACACCUGCCCGCCUCCUGUCCCCCAAAAACAGUACUUCUGUCUUGUCAGGAUUCAACCUCAAUCUGUUUGCCGCCAUCCAUCCUCCAACCACCUCCAGACACACAGGACCUUCACCACCUUCACUGGUUCUGAUUUGAAAGAGAGGUAGAGCUGGGUAUCAUCCACAUACUGAUGAACACCCAGCCCAAUCCCCCUGAUGAUCUCCCCCAGCGGCUGCAUGUAGAUGUUAAAAAGCAUGGGGGAGAGGACAGAACCCUGAGGCACCCCAAAGGAUGGUUCUUUAUUUGAAGAAGUCCUGUUAUUUGAAGGCCUACCUGGUUUAAAGGUAAAGAAUUAUAAGACGAGUUGUCCACCACCAGUUAACACAUGGGCAGGAGACUGAGUGGGUGCACAAAUCACUUGGUCACAGUCUUCCUUCCACGGUGAGAUGUAUGUUAUUUCUCUUCAAACUGUGGUCCCUGUUUUAAAUUCGCACCUAUACAAAUAGAGUAGCAAACACAAAUUGAAUACAAAUCUGUGUCUUAUUUAUGGGGCAAUGCAUAUUAUCUGUUUUGGUGAUGCAUUGGGUGACCAUCCUACCUGCACGUCUUGCAACCUACCAACUUAUAAAUGCAGUCUAUCUGCCAUGUUUACCUUACUGGUUUGGCUGCCUUCCAGCGUAAGAGGAAGAGAGCAGACUUCAGCUCUGCCAGCCUGUAUCCCUGACUGAUUUGUCUUUUCUGGUUGCACACAAUAGGUAUCCUCUGGUUGUCGCUUGGAUCAGAGAUGAUUUACAUAAGCUUGCUGCUCAUUAGUUUCAUCCUCCUGCUGGUGGAGAUGUUGUACACAGGGAACCCAGUUUGUGGGCUGAAGCUCAAUGCCUUUGCUGCUGUCUCCUCUGUCUUGUCAGGUGAGUGCCUCUCCCACUUUGGCAUGGAUGAGGAACUGGGGGGGAUUCAUUAAGAGCACACAUAAGCAGGGCAAAGGCAGCUGGGAGUGUGAAGGGAAAUGAGAUGUGAGAAGCUGCUUUAUUUCAAGUCAGAUUAUUUAUCCAUCUAGCUCAAUAUGAUCUACACCACAGAUAGGGAACCUGUGGCCCUCUAGAUGUUGUUGGGCCAGAACUCUCAACUUCCCUGACCAUUAGCCACACUGGUUGGUGGCUGAUGGAAGUCUGAGUCCAACAAAUAUCUGGAUGGCCACAGGUUCCUUAUCCGUGGUCUACACUGGCAGGAAGCGGCUCUUCAGAGUUUAUGAUGGUGCACAUUCCCAGAUGUAAAGGAGCUGCUCUAUUUCUGAGCUACAACCUUCCCCACAAAUGAAAGGAUGGAGAAAAAUGCAACAGAAAACGGAAAUAAGAGGGGAGAGACUGAGAACAGAGGGGCAUUAGAGGCUAGAAUUAUGAUACGAUUUGAACUAGAAUACAAAGCAGAGAAGUGAGAGGAAGUCACGGAAAUAAGUAAAUGGGAAAACGGUUCUAAUGAUUUAACUUGAUUUUUUUUGUUACUAUUUUAUUGUGACUUUUUGUCUUGUGUAUUUUUCUUUGUAUUUUGUGUUUUUUUUGUAGGAUGUAUGUGAUUUGUAGGAUGUAUGUGAUUUGUUUUUCUUUUUUUUCUUUUUUUCUUUUUCUGUAAUCCUAAAAUUGGAAUAAAUAUUUUAAAAAAAAAAAUAGAAUUAUGUUAAUCCCAUCAGAGAAGAAUUUCCUAAGAACAUCAAACAAAUGUUUCUUGUACCAUCUGAAUUGUGGCUUUGGGUGGAUGACCUUCUUUCCUUUCUCUAUAGGCCUACUGGGGAUGGUGGCUCACAUGAUGUACAGCCAAGUUUUCCAGGCAACUGUUAACCUGGGGCCAGAGGACUGGAGACCACACUCAUGGGACUAUGGUUGGGCCUUCUAGUAUGUGCAAUAUUCAUUUACUAAAAUAUGUUUGCCACUUUUCUUAAAAACAAAUCAAAACACUUAACACUUGAUUGAUUGAUUGAUUGAUUGAUUGAUUUUAUACACUGCCCUAUACUCACAGGUCUCAGGGCAGUUCACAGAAUAAAAUCAAAAUAUAAAACCACAAAAUACAUAAUCAAAAUAAGAGUAACAACCCAAUAACAUAGAAAGCUACUUUUACGGGCCCCUCCAGACUGCUCUUUUAUUGCAGGUGUCUUCUGCAACAUGUUCUUGACCCAAUAAUGCAUUAGCGGUGGGUGAAUUUAUUCUCCUUUAGUUUCUUCUGAGAUGCCUCCCCAAUGCUACCACAUGUUGCUGCCUGGAGGGGCAAUAGUGUAACACAAGUGCAACAAAAAAUAAACCAGGACUUUUGCAUGCAGCCAAGGAAACAGAGUUAUUCCAGUGGAGUAUUGCACACCCCUAAUUUUCACCAACUCUCAGCCAUUUGCCAGGUUUGUCAAAAUCACGUGUAAAUUGUGUAGCUGACUCCACAAGAGUCCUGAGUGUUGAGCAAACUGCCAGUCCUGGCUAUUAGCCCAAAACCGCAGACAAAAAGCCCUGUGAUCUUCAUCCUUAAUAACAAACUAGGGGGCGAGGGACAAGUUGUCAGUACAAUGUCAGUAAACAGAGAAGCAUCGCAAAGGCGGACAGACCAGAACUGGGCCUUGCAAGCAAGAGAUGGUUCUCCAGAGGUAUUUAAAUCACCCCAGAAUGAUUUGGUGGGCUGGGGUUUUUGUAAACGCUGUGAAUUAAUUUAUUGAACAUGGGUAACUAAGGGGUAAAGGUAAAAGUAAAGGAACCCCUGACCAUUAGGUCCAGUUGCAGAUGACUCUGGGGUUGCGGCACUCAUCUCACUUUACUGGCCUAGGGAGCCUGAGUACAGUUCAUGUGGCCAGCAGGACUAAGCCACUUCUGGUGAACCAGAGCAGCGCACAGAAACACCGUUUACCUUCCCUCCGGAACGGUACCUAUUUAUCUACUUGCACUUUGGGGUGCUUUCGAACUGCUAGGUUGGCAGGAGCUGGGACCGAGCAACGGGAGCUCACCCCGUCGUGAGGAUUCGAACCACCAACCUUCUGAUCCGCAAGCCCUAGGCUCAGUGGUUUAGACCACAGCGCCAGCCACGUCCCGCAACUAAGGGGUAAUUCACAUGAAUUAAAAUUAGUCCUAGCUGUGAGACAAGUACAGUAUGCAGUACUCUGUAAAAUAUAUGCGCUGUCAUCAAGCGAAGUGGUCCUUUGAUUGGUGUAUCGAAGGGCAGAUCAAGUUUGAGAAGAGGGACCGUAAUUCCGCAGUAGAGCACUUGCAGACAGCUCAUGGUUUGAUCCCCACCAACUUCAGCUUACGUCAGGAAUGGGGAAUUUGUGGCCUUCACAUGCUCUCGAAUUCCAGCUCCAAGAAGCCACCGUCAGCAUGCCCAAGAAUUAUUAUUAUUUUUAAAAUGAUAUUUAUUGAAAAUUUUAGAAUUACAAAAGAAAACAAAGAAGAAAGAGAGAGAGAAAAAACAAACCACCAUCAAACAAUACAGAUUAAUAGAAAUCAAAAUCAAAAAAUAGCACAACAUGCUCAAAAAACAAAAAUAUACCACAAACAUUUAAAAACAAAUCCAAUAUUCUCAAAUCCUUAACUGUCAUUACCUUCUUUCUUUGACCUCCUCCUCCUCCCUUUUUUUGUAUCCUAGUUAUUAAUUGUCGCAGCAAAUCCUUUCCAUAUUUCAUAAUAUUCUGUCAUUACAUUACCUUAAUUUAUUUUAAUCUUAUCUUACUAUAAAAAAACCUUAAAGCUUAAAACUUAAAUCUUAUUUUUACCAAUUUCUCAUAACCAUAAUAUUCUUACAUAAUUCUUUAAACAUUUUUGCUAAAGCCAAAUAAUUUCGUUCCAACAUUUUUCUAACAUUCAUCAAUUUUAUAAAACAAUCCUAAUAAAAAAAAUAAAAAACAAUCCAAUCUUCAUCCAGCGUCUCUUCCUCCUGGUCCCGGGUUUUGUCAGUCCAUUCCUUCCCAUCAAUCUAGCGCAUUAACCUGGUAAUCUUAUGUCCGAGGCCCUUACGUCCCUUCCAUAUCCCUUCCGCGGCUCUUCAUAUUUAUAGCUGUAUUUUCCUUUAUCUCCUGCUCCUUUCACUCUUGGGAACUCCAGCUUGACAAUGCUUUUGACCCUUCUCGACAAAUCAGCCCCUUUUCCAUAGUCCACACUAAACUCCAUGUGGUAUUUAAGAACAUUUCAAAGUCCCUCCAAAAUUAAGAGCCCCCACAACCCCAAACAUCUCACGGCCCAUUGCCAGACUUGAAAAGUCCAAACAUACCUGCAUAGGGGGGUCUAUCCAACCCCCCAUUUCCAGACCAAACCAAACUUUAUCUUUCCAAGUCUGGCUUUUUCCAAGUUCAUUUGUCAAAUCCAAGAAUUCAUGUUCCUGCUGGGCCACAGCUCCCUCCAUCUCUGGCGCCCAAGAUUCAGCAACAUCCUCUUCCCUCAUCUGUUCUGUCAGGGCACACUCCUGAUCUGAUUCCUGGGUGGGCUCUAUAUAAUUUCCCACUGCCUGUCCAAAAUUUCUGAUCGCAUCAGUCAUCAAGUCCGUCUUCUCAUGUAGCUGUUCCAGUAGGGCACUUGUUUUACAGAAAGCACACAACAGAGCUUCUGAAUGCAUUGUCCUGCAAGGUCAGAAGUCUAUUCCCACGAUCAUAAUCUGUAACAGCUGCAAGCUCCCCGAUUCAGAAUUGGUUACAGUUUCACAGGCUCCCUCUAGGGGAAGAACUUCUGUUUGUUCUUUUCUUUUAAAGACAGAUCUAACAACAAAGUUUCCUUUUUCAGAUAUUUUGUCAAUAUUUGUUCCUUUAAAAUGCGAAGGGGAACAAUGGAAUCACUAUGUUUCUCUUCUUUUAGCUAUCUGUCAAAAACGUUUGUCUCUGGUCAAUGAGCUUCAAAAAACGUCAGUCCUGACACCCCGCUCCAGGAUCAAGACAGUGGAAAGUUACUUUGCUUUACACUCACUUCUGCAGAUUUAAACAGUCCGGAAAAAAUCCCCCCUCUUCUCCUGCUUCCGAAGGGGGUUCAACAAUUUUAAAUGAUGAAAGUUAAUCCUUUACAAGCGAUUUUCUGAACUCUAGUUUGCCAUGUCUUUGCUUUAAUCUAUCUACAAAGAAAUGGAAGGCUGACUUCCUGUUUAGACCUUCCCGUUUCAGUGCCAAAUUAAAAUAAACUUUUAAGUCCAAUUUUCCCUUCUACUCGCAAAUCCUUAUUUAGAGUCCAAUUGUCCGAAAUUUAAGUACUCAUGGGUGAUUGUUUUAAAAGCCAAAUUGUCCCAGGAAAAAGGCAGCGCUCUCCGGCAACGGCUGUGCGGCUUCGCUCCACGGAAGAAGCAGUUGACUCUCAGCACCGCGCCACUUCCCCCUCUUCGCUCCGGAGCCCGUUAGUGGGUUCCUUUGCAGGUUGGGGGGGUGCUAAAGGUGCCCGCCGAGUCCCAUGAUCACGGGCUUCAUCCGCCUGUGAUUUUUGAAAGGGUACUUGCUUCGCCGUAGCGGAAAAGACCCGUUUCCCAUGGAGCUAGUCCCUCCAGAUCAGAGGGAGUCCGCCAUUACCGAUGGCGCCACCCCGGAAGUCCAGCAUGCCCAAGAAUUAUAGAAGGUGUUGUGCAAUAGCAUCUGCAGAGCUGUAGGUCAUGAGCUAAAUGAUCUUGGGUAGAAAGCUGGGCAUGAUGUCUGCCCAGGGUCCUGAUGGAGCAGCACCAGAGCCAGAUGGACUAUUGGUUUGACUUAAUAUAGACCCAUCCAUGUCCUUUUUAUUGCACAUUCAUGGUAAUUUGUGCUCAUGAUGCUGUUGGGGAAGUCACACGUGAGCCCGCUUACACCUGCAAACCUGCUGGGGUGCUCACACUGCUUCGCUUCCAAGCGGUGCACAUCCUGUAACUUUAUCCAUCUGCCAUUGUUAACUAUCAGAAGAAAAGACACAAAUAAGACCCUUCUUCUCCCCCUGUUUCUCCUGUCUGUUUCUCUUUUUCAGUAUGGCCUGGGCCUCCUUUACUUGCUGCAUGGCCUCUGCCGUCACCACCCUGAACACAUACACCAAAACCGUGCUGGAGUUCAAGCGCAACCACCAGAAAGCCUGUGACGGGAGCCUCAUGGUAGACCAGUCCCAGCACCACCAGUGCUUCUUCCCGCCUCAGUACCAACAGCGAGAGCCACUGGGCGGCUUCUACCCGCACCGAGAAAAGCUGCUCCACUCCGUCUCCGAAGGAGUCGACUUCUACUCGGAGCUGCAGCAGAAGGUGCUGCAGAGGGAGCCCGACCUAGAAAUGAACGAGGUCCUGGGGAAAUCUGGUGGGGAGGAUCCCUGUUAGGAUGGGGAGAGAGAGAGGGCUCGGUGGGACAGUCAAAAGAGAGAGAGAGCUCUAAACCAAGCUUUAGCCUCUUCCCCUCAAGGUUCUCUUUUCAUUUGCUCUGCUGGGGAAUUCAAUGUGGGUGGGAGCUAGGCAGCCACUGACAUGGAUGCAUCUGACCAUAGGAACCUGCCUCUUUCCAUCCUGCUCAGCGCUGUCUGCACACACUGGCUGGCAGCAGCUCUCCAGGGUUUCAAAUAAGGGUAUUUCCCAAAGGUAUCUGGGGGUGCCAGGGACUGAGACUGGGCCCGUCUGUCUGUGCUCUGCCACUAUGAGCCAGAUAGGAAAUGGGAUGUUACUCAGGCCUUUACAUUGGGACUGGGUUUUAAAAUACAUGAAUAGCCAUGGAGGGGGAUCAAAUGGGGUCCAUGCAGGGGAAGGUGCUUGAAGCCUUUGCUCUGGUCACAGUCUCACUCCAAAUCAGGGGGGCUUAAUGCUUGCUAUUUGCAACGGGGAGGAUAGCUCUUGUUGCUCCCAAUGGAAGCCUUCCUCCCACUGCAAAUAGCAGGCAUGUGAAUUUAGAGUGUGAUGAUGGCAGCAGCAAAAGCCACCCCACCAUGCUACGAUUACCAUCUGGACCACCCUUGUCCCCCAAGUAUUUUUUUGCCACUUUAAAAAUAGAACACAGCAGGCACGCAAGAGCUAACAACAGGAGUACCAUCACAUCCAGCUUGGUCCUGAGGAGGUGCAGGGCACUGAAGCUCAACACUGCUGCACAGCAGGAAGUGUUGCCUUGAGAUGUCGAACCACAGAAGAGAGUGACGGCAUCUAACCCUGAUGCAAAGGAAACUGCAAUGUGCACAGGACUUGGUAUGCUAAUUAAACAGCACAAUCGAAUUUCCUUGCUUAUUUGGGAUUGUAAAUCACUUUUCUGGAGGGAAAUAUUGCAGGGUGGUAAACCUUGAUGCCAAAUGCAGGUGUAUGAAGAAGGCAUUGGCAUCCCUGCCUUAGAUUCAGCGAGGUCCACCCUGACUAAUUUGAUCUGUUGAAACACGGCAGCACUGGCCAGCAUUUGGAUCAUAAUAAAUCAAAUUUCUGUUUAAUAAAAACCCUGGAACUUCUGAAUGAGCAAGUCCUCCACAAUGAAUGAUUCUUUGCUUGUUUACAAUUUCUAACCAUCAUAACUUUUGUAAGAUUUGCAUCCAGGUAGAAGGGAG